GUCGCUCGGAGAUGACGUAAGACGUAAGACGUAAGGCGACCAACGGUCCGGGUGAUGGCGCAGUUCGUCCAAAAAUCAGGAUUUUAAAACCCAACACCGGUUUGUGAGGGAAAACAGUGAAACUGGACAAGGUAAGAUACUCUGAAAAUGCCCAGACGACGUUUUCAAACAGUUUUCAGUUCUGUGUUUCUGUUUUAAUUUAGUUUUAGUCAUGUCGUUUCGAAGAAGAAGAAGCAACAAGUGAGAGGACGUUUGAGAUGAGCUAACAGUUAAAGUAGCUUCAGCUUUAAGGUGUUUGUUUUAAUUUUUGCUUCUCUAAUAUUGAAACAUAUAAAGUGUAAAAACACCUAACAUGGCGAAAUGACCUUUUGUCUCUCUGUUUAAGUUAAAAAAACGUAAUUCUGCUUGAAACUAAUGUGACUUUAGACCGAGAUUGACUUACUCAAAUCUGCUUCUGUUUAAUUUUGAGAUCUAGAGUCAUUAAAUUGUGCUUGUUCAAAAGUUUAUACGUUAUUUUCACAGCAUAUUAUUGACAAAAUUAAAAGUUUAACAUAGAAGUUGCAGGCAAGCUGUUUGUGUUAGAAGUGACAAAGUUGUUGAGCUGAAGGUAGGGCUGGUGGAUAUGGGAAAAAGUUUAUCACGAUAUUUUUUUUUCGUAUUAGUCGAUAUCAAUAUAUAUCACGAUAUUAAAAAAAAUAAAUUUAACAGUGUUUAUUGGUAGCAUGUCUUUUGCAGUACAAUAAGCUGCUGCAUCUGUGAGGUCUUUGAGUCUCUUCAACGUUUUGUCGUAAGGUGUUGUGCUAGAGAAAGCCCCAGCUGAAGGUAGCAAAACUCACUCUGUUUCCUUUUCAUAACAGCUUUAUUUUGGGUUUACUGUAUUGAUUUAUUUAGCGGGGUUGAAUGAAGUUCAUGUCAAUAUUAAGUGUGUUCCCCUCAGGAGAUGCCAGAGAAACUAGCCAGAGAGCAGGCUCUGAAACUGGGCUUAACACUGCUGCAGACAGGGGCACUUACACUGAAAUUCAGCCAAACACAAGGAAGCCUAGACCCAAAUAACAACUCUGUGUCUGCGUUUGAUAGUGGAGAUGGGUAGAUCUCCACUAUCAGCUCUGAUGCUGCAAACUCAGCAGACAAAUGGCUAAACACCAGCAGGUUGUACUAUGUAGUUUGCAAUGUCCCUGUCAAAUGAACCAACACACUCCUCCUGAUAUUCGGUCUUUCUGAGAAUCAAAUGCCAAAAUUUAUUGCAUUCAAUAUUUAGAAUUAAGAGCAAGUUUGUUAAAAAUUUAUUGUAAACCAUGCAUGUAAAAUUCAUGUCUUUAUUUGUUGUAUUUACAAGUUUAAAAUAUGAGUAAACAUCUUUGGUAGUUGACUGAAAAGUCUAUUUCUCUCUUAGUUUAUUUCCAAACCAAGUUGAAUAAACCGUUUUUGAUGCACCAUUUAAAUUUCAUCAGUUUUGUGACAUUUCAUCAGCAAUAGAAGCUUCAACACUGAUGCUGAUGCUUUAGUUUACUCAAAAACAAGUUCUGGGCUUUGGUUUGUCCCUGUGAAAAUUAAUAAACACAUGGUCUAAAUCCACAAUCAGUCGUAUCUCUUAGUGUGUCCAGGCAAGUUAAACAGAUGUCAGUCGAGGCUAAAAGAGUUCGAUUGGUGUGAGUUUGUGUGAAUGUUCCGUUCAAAUCAAGAGAAGGAAAGUUUUUCAAUCUUUCUAUUUUUCUCAAAAGUCUCCGUCUUUAAGAACACAGCGAGUGUUUGUCGCUGAAAUCUAUGAAUGUACAAUAUAGUGAAUGUGUGUGCAUAACAUGGCAGUGUGUAAAGGCAGAAUGGAAAUGUGUGUUGUUGAUUAACUCCCUGUCUGUCUCCCUCUCUCUCUCUCACUCAGCCUUGGUGACGGAGAAUAGCCCCAGUGGUUGCCAUGGUGCCCAGCAGCAAUCCAUCUCAAUUCCUGUGCUUAUGUGUACUGAAUGGAAGUAUUAAAAAAACAAGUACUCCGAUGCCAGGGUGAGGUGCUCACCCUCUCCUUAGAAGAGUAAGUGUUUGUCACCCCUGUGUUUGUGUGUGUGUGUGCGUGUGUGUGUGUGUGUGUGUGUGUGUGUGUGUGUGUGUGUGUGUGUGUGUGUGUGUGUGUGUGUGUGUGUGUGCGUGUGACUUGAGUGUGUCCCUCUUCAGGGACAGAACUUCAUUCACUAUUCAUAUCACACACCAUUUACUAACCUCACUUCAAGUUAGAUUCCCUCACUGAUAAUGAGUGUUUCCAUCUCAGUUUGGAGGUCGAAGAGCACAGAUGCACACUUCUCCUGUAACAGAGCAAAUGUAAAGUAGAAGCUAGCUAGCGCUGUGAUGGUUGCAUUUCCAAAACUCUUAUAUUGAAUUUUCAAGGUCAGGUUUUCUACAACUACUUUACAGAGAUCUCCAAAAAGUUGUAAGAGCUUUCAAGUGGCAUAAUUUGUAUGUAGCACGUUUUGUAUUUCACCUCAAUAGUGAGAGGGUUUGGCAGAUUUCAUCUUUUUAUGAGACAGAGGGGCCAAUUUAAAAGGACAGUCUGUCAUUUACCAGCAGCCCCAGCCUGCUGUGUUGUGCUCCUGUUUUUCUGGACUCACUCUCUGUCCAUGUUGGAAACAGAGAGCGAAUUCAAAAAGCCUAUUUCACCUCAUGCAUUUCAGUGCAGCUCAGUACAGUCAUGGAAUUGAUAAGUUAAAUUGUAUGAGAGAUGGAGGUGCCUGUCACGUAGCUUCUAUAGCUGCUAUACAAAUUAAUUAAAGAUAUUCAAAACUAUUAAAAAAUAGACGUCUCAGGGAGAUGGAGAGGAUUUGAUUUGGUUUAAAAGAUGCAGUGAGUAGGAUGAAGAUAUUUAGUGGAGAGAACUUUUGAGAACAUAAAACAGUCUAUGUGACAAAGAUGGUUUCAUCCUCAAUGAACACAAUUAAUUCAGCAGUCUCAACGGAUGAGGUGAUGAUAAUGUUUCUAGAUAUUUCAUCUAGUUCAGGUCCAAGAUACCAAGCCAUGAUUUUUUUGUUGUUUUGCAAACAGGAGCUGGCUAAACAAAGCUACCGUUUCUUAGAUAUAAUGGAGAGUUAGAGCCACAUAAAAAACUAAUUAAAGUCAAUUUCUUACAAAAAAUAGUUUUGGUAAGUUAAUUUUCUCACGAGAAUAAAGUUUCUGUACAGUUAUAGUACGAGAAUAUGAGAUUACAGGCAUAAAAGAUGAGUUGUGUUCCUGUCAGAGGAAAGAAAGAAAUGAUGAGUUUUUGUCACAACACUUCCACAUAGUUGACUCUGAUCAGGAAAAUUAGGGGGAUCUCUAAAAGCAGCACCAACUCAGAAAAUUCAGGCUUCAGUUUUCUGUAAACGGAUGUAACUUUGAGCAAAUAAACCUUCUCUGAUUCACUCAGAUUCAUAUUCUUGUGACGCAUGAUGUCUGCUCCUCCAUUAGUUAGGUUUUUAAGAUCCAAAACUUAUAUAUGUGGACAAAACAACAACAACAACAACAACAACAAUCGACCUCACUGUGCCCUCCUACGAGUUUGUCUCCUCUGAGCUACUGUAGAAAACAUACAAUUGUGAGUCUUCAGCCUAUAAAGUAUAUCACGCUCAGGAUAAAAUAUAAAUAAUUACAUAGUUUUCAAUCUGACCUUUGACCUCUGCAGCGGCUGUUCAUGCAGAGCAAAUAACUCCAUCUGAGGUUUAUUUCUCCUCUCCCAGCUGUGAUUUUCAGAGGUAUUAGCGCAGCCGGAUUAGCAUAUAUUCAGAAUAACCCUGUCUGAGUGUUAAAGAUGUUUGGAGAGAAAUGUAUGGCUUAUUUAAAAAAAAACAAAAACACUAAAUCAUAUACAGUAUGUUUGGGAGAUUUGUGAGCGUUCAGUCUUUCUGAGCGCCUCUGCAGACUGUCUGACAGUACAGUCAUUACAUAAGUUUGCACAUACUCGACAUAGGUGACAGCGGCGGGAUUUAAAGCUUAAUACUGGCAGUUUUAGUGGCUCAGCUUGAUGGGUCUUUCAGCUCUGCGUGCUCAUCAUAUAGCUCUCACAUGACGCUGCUUUUAGAUUCAGUGGGAGAGAGAGAAUCAUUAAGACCUGAAACAGUUGAAGUUGUUUUCUGAUUCUGUUUGAAACUCUUGUUCGAGACUCAUCCUGUGAUGGACUCUUGGGGGAGUAAAAGAAACCCCCUGGAGAGGAUCAGUUGUUCCCUUCAUAUUAUAGAUUGUUAAUCUUGACUCACACAGCUCAAAUGCAGCCUGACGGCCCGCUGUCACUUUGACAAAAGAGGAGCUGUUGUUGUCAUGACUCUGCCGUCACUUGUCAGUCAUCGUCAGCUCAGCCAGGACGUCAAAAAAGCAAGACAGGACUUGAUGCAGGCAGAAAGGUUUAAAGCUGGGAUCUCAAAAAAAAAAACAACCUAAAAUGCAUACACGGCUUCUACUUAUCACUCAUGUUUAACCCUUACCAUUAGUCAGGUGAAUUAGACUUAUGACAAACAUAGUUUACAGUUUUCCUCAUCUGUGCUAACCUCACUUUUGUUGUUCCUUUCAGUCACUGCAGGUCUUGGUGUCCAGCUGAUGCAGCACCGUACAUGCUUACCGGUGAGUACAGUGAAAAACACAAGUCCGUGUAACAAGCAGAUCUGAUUUUUAUUUCAAAAGAUGUAAAAGAACCAGGUGACUUCAUGACUAGUGUUAGUGCAUGAUGAUCUUGUGGCUUUUGGAAGAAUUUAAGACAAACGUCAGAUCCAAAUGAUCAGUUUUUAAAAGGCCAAGAAACUCAAACAUAAUGAGACAGGCGGGUAUCCAUCGAAAUGGUAGAUGAUGAAAAACCAUUAAAAUUCUGACUGUGAUAGUUUUUUUUUAACCCAUUAAGACCUGAACCCUGUCUGAGACACGCCUCUGAAAUCCUGAGGGCAGUUUUGAGAAGGGCCCCCAGAUCCUGAGGUCUUCUGAAGUGUUGAGGUUUACAAAAAAGCUGAUAUCUCGGCCUUUGUAGCAGAUAGAAACAAAAUUCAAGAAGUAUUUGAGAGCUUACACAUGUGGCUUUCAAGUUGACUUUCUUUUAUUUUUCCAAACUUUCAUCACAUUAUUAAAGAACCUUGAACAAACAAACUCAAAUGAAAUAAAGCGGCUGUAUAAAUAAAAGUAAGGGCUCUGCUCUGGAGAAUAACAAAAAAUUUGCUUUCUGUAAAACAAGUGGCAGUCAUGAUAAAGUGUCCAUUCAAUACAAAUGUGAAUAUAAAAAAAUAAAGUGUUGAAAGGGUAUACAGCUGCCCAAGUAUAGUGCCAGUACAAAAGUAGCUCUAAAAACUAAAAAAUAAAUGACAGUGUGUUCAUCUCUGUGCUUACCCAAAGUCAUGCAACACUCACAGAAAACACCGAUAGUGUGAGCCAAAGCACUCAAUAUGAAGAGGUUGUCCACACUCCUCUGAAGCACGUAGCAAGAUCUGAGCAUGAAUCCGAUCGCUUUAUGAAGCUUUAUUAGCCUAUCAGAGGCAGUAUGAUGGCGGUAUGAUGAUGAAAUGAUUCACCACGACUCAAGAAAUGAUUGAAAAACCACAAAAUGUUACGGAAUGACGUACAGGCUUCUCCCGGCUUGGAAGGUUGACAUGUGUACAUGCUGUCCCGGUUUAAAUGGGUUAAAGAGGAAAGGUGUACAACAUUGGGAAAUAGACUUAUUAGUAUAUUUAUUAACAAGUGAAUGAGCACUGGUUAGAAGAAAGAGUGGUUAUUUCGCACAAACAAAUUGUAAGAGUGGACGUUCUUAAUGGUAAAAUAUUUGUAAAUGGAGGAUUGUACUUCUUUAUCACAGGAGCUUCUUGUCCUCUUAGGCCACCAUAGUUUCAUUUAUUAGAGGAGUGAGCAGUGGAGUGUUUCUAUCCACAAUGUAAGUGCUAAAUGUUGCUGUCUCCUCCCAUCUCGACUCACUGUAUUUUUAAAAUGGAGCAGAUUAAAGACAAGAAGAAACACUUCAGCUCUGUUUCAAAGGUCAGCCUGCAUGUUAAUUAAGUAGAGCCCAGGCGUCAACACCCAAAGGUGCUCCCCUUGCUUAUAAAGUUCUUCUUUAUUGCAUUCAAAUAUAGUUUAUCAAACUGUAUUGAUUCUAAAAAUUGUUUGCACACACUCGUGUUUUCAGCUCAUAUAUACAGCAAACCCGCACAAGACCAUUAGUCAGCAAGGAGAGAAUAAAGCCAUGUUGCUCUAUCGCCGGUAUUGACAUCCAAUGGUAUCUUCCUCUCGCACAGAUUCACACACGCUCAUACACACACACAAACACACACACACAUCGACCAGUGUUUCUCAUCCCAGUGGUGUCCAGGAGACUGACCUCUAGAUACCGCUGCUGCAAGUCAAUAUCACUGUCAACUAGGAAAAAAAGCAUCCACUGUCAUGGCAACAGGGGUUCAGGCACCGGGACAUCACAUCAAAAAGAAAAGCAAUGCAAAUUAAGAGAGACACAUAAAAGAUUAACAUGUGUGACAGACAAAAAUAUAGAACUUUACCGAAAGUAUAAAGAAGUUUCAUAUCUAGCAUGACAGGUUAUAGUUUGUAUAGAUGUUUUAAAGUUUGAGCUAAGAUCAAACAAAAGCACUAAUGGUAUUGCUUUAUGUUUAUAAUAUGUUAUAAGCAGUGAGUAUAUAAAGAUAUGGUUUGUGUCAUUACACCUUAAUGUAAAGGAAUAAAUUAUAGUUUUAAAAAUGCAUUUUUGUUUGACACUUACAGCCAAAAAAUGCUGCUUAUAAGUUCUUAUAAAUGUGUUAUAGGAGCAUAUUGUCACUUUACUUAAAGCGCCAUGAGUCAUGCUUCAGUUGUAAAUAUCAACGAGAUGUUUUCAUAGUUGAGAAUUAUGAAGAUUUUAAAAAGAGAGUGAAUGUUUUAUAACCAGUUUAAGUUUUAAUGUGUUACUAAACCCAGAAUUCAAAAGAUGUUGUUUUUUCUUUUGCACUAAGUUAUGACAUUAUAAACUAUAGCUUUCUGAGGCAUAAUGCUCACUGCUUACAACACUUUAUAAACUCUGCAGUAAGCUGUUAUGAAUGCUUAUCUCUUAGAAGGUUUGUUAUAAAACCUCACAGACGCAGCUAUAAGGCUGUGUAAAUAUGCUAAUGUGGAUUAUGAGAGGUAGGUUCAUCGAAAGUGUUACACUCCAACAUUGUGCAUUUUGUCUACAGUGGUAUAAAACAAGCACUUCACGUGGACUUAGUUUGACAGGGCCCACUUUUUGCAUGUAUCAUGUUGUGGCUAAAAUCCCCCCAGUUUUUUUAACUAUGAAGAUUUACACUUUAAUUUGCAAUAAAUGAGGUUCAGAUUCUGUUAUGUAAAGCAGUUUUAUAUAGUGUUUUCGUACAUCGUUUGUGAUGGUUAUUUUGGGGCUGAGGACUCAAACACAGAUGAUGAAAAUGAACUCUUGUGGAGCUGCUGAAAGUCCCCCAGUCACAGUCCUGACGCUCAGUCAGAGAGAGGAAACAGAGCAAACACACGAUCCAUAAUCCACAGCAGCCUGUGUGCAGUUUAAACUCGCCCAGCUUUCCCACAGCCACACGAUCUGAAAGAGCUCAGGAUAUUUUGCAGCAGGCGACAGCCCGCUGUGAUCGCUCACCACACAACAGCUCGUGUCUGUACACCUGUCAGAGCCGACACUAACUGGGUGCGUGUGUGUGUGUGUGUCGACCACAUGCAGGCUUUGUUAAGAUGAUGUUGCAUUGGUUUCUCUCUUUUUAAACUCACAUUGUAUCCCACUGCUUCAGCUGAAAAGCUGUGCAUGUGUGCAUGUGUGUGUGUGUGUGUGAGUGCUUGUGUCAGCGUGUGUGCGAGUUCGUUAUGUAAGACUUAACAAGAGGACAUUUUUGCUCUAUUCUCUAUUUUUGUCUGUAAUCACACAGAGUGAUGCCACAAACACGGAGGUCCCAAUCUCACACAAACACACACACACACACACACACACACACACACACACACACACACACACACACACACACACACACACACACACACACAGACAGGCUAAGACACCGGAAGCAGAGGGGCAGAGAGGAUAUUGUAACAAGCAUCCGAAAAAAUGUUGGUCCAACAAGUGAGACGGGCUCCCGCCUGAAUUAAAGGGGAUUAUCUCCUUUAAUUUAUGCUAAUUAAUGCACAGAGCGUAAUGAGAGCAGCAUGUUAUUGUGCCUGUCUCACACACACUCACACACACUCCUACCUACUCUCAGUAACAUGUAUAGACUCCCACAACUGUGUGUUAUUGCACCAUUGAGUGCUGUUUCUUGUGGAGCUACACUUAUUCUUUCUCCAAAGACACACACACACUCACACACACUCGGUACUCGGCCAUUGUGUUCUUCAUGGGAAUCUUGUACUUUAGCCACUGCCAAAUCCCACCACUCUUGCAAAUACACACCCUCACAGAGACACACACAGACACACAGCUCUGAUUCUGCUGCAGGACAGUACCGUCUUGGUUCAGCUGGAUGCACAAUCUCAUUAAGUUUUUCUGCAGCACUGCAACAGGAUGAAGAACUUCCAACUUUUCAUUCAACAUCUAGGGAGCUUGUGAAGUUUUGUCUUAAUUCCCCUUAAUGAGGCGAUCAAGGACUUGUCUUGUGUUUAUAAAGCAUGUUUUAGUGCUUGUUAUUCUCAGUAUGGACUAGUCUUGUUUGUGUUUUAAUCGUCAAAUCAGGUUAUUCUCCCUUCACUUCUUCUCACAAUAUGUUCCGGGUCAAAAUUGACUCAGCCCAAGAAUUGGCCAUGUAGCAAGUAAUUUCCCCGAAGUUCGAACCCCAAACCUAUUCACAAUGUUUAAAAGACCUGUGCUACUUCAAAAAAUAUAUUGAUGAGUCCUUCCUUAAUGUUUCAAGGAGCAGGGAAAGUGUAAGUCUGAGGCUUAAAGAAUGACGUUUAGGGUAUUUAAACGGGUCAAAUUUGAUCUGAACAGUUUGAAAGGGUUAAAGAAAACUUCAAUCUGCCAGAUGGUUUAAUGUUAUUUUCAGCAGAAACAACCACAAGAGUCAGAGUUGUGCAAAGUAAAAGCUGAUUAUGUUUCCAAUGUUGAAAAUAGGGUUGUUGGACUCUCAUCCAUGCACUUCUCAUUCUGGAAAUGCAAUUUAUCUAGGUUAAAAAAAUAUUGAAUUAACAUCUGGCCCUUUAUUAUAAGCCCAUUAUCACCACAGUGGCCCUGUAGGAGAUAAUAGGAUUACUGAAAAGACCCUGAGUACACUUAAAGUGCUCUACAAACUCAUAUUAUGCUGCAUGUGCUGUGAUGAUGAUGUGAUUUGAAUAUCACUGAAUCCCAUACUGUGUUACAGUCUUACAGAGGGGUGUAAAAGCCUGUGAAUCGCAGCUGCGUGCUGCAGAAACACACCGUGUCCCAGAGGUAAUAUCAUCAGAACAUUACAGGAGUGAUACACACAUUACCAUUAAGGGCAGUGGGCGGCGCGCGCUCUCUGCCCGUCUCCUAUUGCGAUAAACGCGUGUGUGCGUCGGUUAUCAGCCAACCAACCAACCAACCAACCAACCGACCGACCAACCAGCGAGCCGACGAGCCAAAUCCAGCCGAACCUAACCGAGCCGAGCCAAACCGAUCCCAGCAUUCAGCGCUGCUGCUGCUGCCGCACACACGGACAGCAGAGGAGGAACGAUGACCUGGUAGCGCAUCUUUUACGCGCCCGACCUGCAGUCCGUUCCCACAGAGCCACAUUCUGCCGCUCUGCGUUUCAUUCACACGCCGAGACCAUGGAGACGGCAGUCCCGAGGACCGAUAUCUUCAUCUCUCAGCUGCUCCUGUUCAGCCAAAUAGGUAAGAAACUGAGGAAAAAAAAGAGAGACACAUGCAGGUUUGUGUGUUGUGGUGGCUGACGUGAUGCUGUGGACGCUGUCAGAAAUUGAACGGUGCGUGUGUCGAAACCCACGGGAAUCGAACAGUCCUGCACACUUCAGUCAGCGUCUGAUGAAUUCUGCUAAGAGAGAAGAUUUCUGGAUGUAGAUUUCGUCUUCUAGACAUGAACCCCGACAUGGAAAUCGUCUUCCCUGAAAUUUGCCCUCCACUCUCAAGUGAACCGUCUGCAGAACAUGGAGAGAUUUCCAGUCAGGCUUUGAACAUGUUGAUCCCAUUUCCCAAACACAUGUUGGAGUAUGAAUGAAUUUGUGUUGCGUUACGACGCUCUGUGUUUCCUGUUGUCUUUCAGGAGUCAUGGAUUUGGGUUUUGGGGGUUUUAAACUGCUCCCAUGGGGUCUCUGGAACUUAUUGGAAGGGAGCGUUCAGCCUAGAUGCCUCACUUAAUGCCAGGUUGAGCAGUUCAGUGCUAAUUUUGAUUUUACAGAAUUACAUAAUUGGGCUAAAAUAUCAAACGCUCUAGGCUAUUCCCAGUUUAAAAAGGCAAUUUCACAAGUGCUGGGUUUGAUCCAUCCUAGAAUCCUGAGGAAGAUCCGCAUGACUGAAAAUCUGAGACCAGGCUCGGUGCUGUUAUUAGGUGGUAACAGGUGCUGCCAGAGUAUGAUUGAAACAACCAAAACAGGAAUGUAGUGGCUGAUUUCCAACGAGUGAAAAGAAAGCUCCAUAACCAGAUGAAUGAUCUCCUUAAAGCUGCUGUGAGGAACUUUAAGUUGGCACCUCCUGUGGGCAAAGAUUCGGUUGUAUCUCUGUCAAGAAAAAAAUCCUAUCCUGCUUUUCUUAACAAGCAAAUAUGUCAUUUGUGGUGGAAGUUUGUGAUUUCACAUUGAAUAUGUAGAGAAAGGCUGUUUCAUCAAUGUCCUGCUCUAACACCUACCCUCUUUGGGCAGUCUCAAGAAUUAAAAUUAACAGUAUGGACAUUUUUUUAUCAAAUAUAUGAUGGCUGCUACUGCUUUUGUAGGUCACAAAGAGGCAUUAAUUUUAACAUAUCUCAUCACUUGUUAAAAACUCUUCUAGAGGGCUUUAGUUGCACAGCACUCCCCUUGAAUUAUCCAUAGACAUUAUCAUUUCUCAAGAACAUCACAGUUUUUUAAUUAUUUAUUAUUAGCGUACAUUUAGUCACAUAAAGGUUAUUGGCUUCAAGUGAAAAAACUAGGUCAAAGGUCUUAUUUCUCCUUUUUUAGAAUUUGACUUGGAUGGUAUUUAAAGAUACCAUGGAUCUAACAUCUCCACACUGGCAUGAAACACGAGUUGUACAGUAAAAGUAAAGUUUGAGGAGUAAAACGUGCAUAUAGAGGACAGUGUAUACUCAUUGUUGGUGGGUUAAUGAAGAUGUGUACCAGUGCACGAGUUCCAGCCUAGAUUUACUAAAUCUACUCCAGAGGUAGUUUUAAAUCAGUGCAGUUGCAUACUCUCCCCACUGGAGGGCAGUGAUGAGUAGUCUUUUCAGUUGUAAAAUCUUCAUUUUGAAACAAAUUGUUUUAACUGUUUAUGUAGAAAAUAAAAGGAAACUCUCUGUAAUCUGUAUUUUUAAAUCACCCUCCAGUAGUAAGAAUGGUUUCUCCUCAGAAAAGUUGAUAUCAAUUAACUGCACAGCCCCACGAGUUUUUUCUUGGUUCAGACAGAAGUUGUCGCCCCUUUUCAGGUUGAAAUUUGAAGCUAGAGUUUCAAAAUUUGUUUUCAACCCCAGAGUCUCCCUGAAGAGCCUUCCUUACAUUCAUUCCCAUCUGCUGUAAAGUUUUUUUCUGUCAUCUAGUCAGGAGGAGAGUGAAUGAUUGGUGAUCCUACACCUGUAAGAUAAAAAAAUAAUAUUUUAAUUACAUACGUGGAUGAUCAACCUCAAAUCAAUAUCACAAGUAGUUUUUGUACGCUGUCAAUACGCUCAACUUUUAAAGCUGUGAUAUUUUUAAUGAAAGAAGCACGUGCUCGUGGAUUUGUAAUAAUUGAACUGACUGCUUUUCAUACAGUGAAGGACUUGUAAAUGCAUGUGUUAUUGAUCGCUGCAUUGUGGAGGUACUUGUUGCUGGGCGCCUGUUAGUCUCUCUUGUGUUUUCAAACCAUGUGACAUGAAAUGAUUGUGCUCGAAUUGUUGGAAUAGAUUUGUGUUAUUACCUUGGGUGGCUGAAUCUGUGUUCCUGCAGUGUUUACAUUUGGCUUGUUUUUGUUUGUUGUCAUGUUCACUAAAGUUAGAAUUUGUCCAAAUAACAGACACUAUAUUUUUAAUGGAACAAGCUGCCGGUGAUGCACAGAUGGCUCUGUGUUCGAAUCAUCAUGCAUUUCAUAAAGUCACAUGACGACACACUAGUAGUCUUGCCAUAUUUAAAGCCAGCACAAGCAGGAGACUCCCUUUAAACUUCAGACUGAUUGGUGCAUGUGCUGUGUGGUUUCACUUGUGCAAAUUACACUCCUGCAGACUGUUAAUCCUCAAGUAAACGUGUCCAGACUUUCUGACUGAAAUGGUUUAACUGGAGCACACACAUAGGAAGGAAUGGCAAGGGUGGAUGUGCAUACGUAAUGCAUAAUAUACAUUUUUUUAUCACAUGUUUGUAAUGAUUUAUUUCGCAUAAAUUUCCCACUACUAACAGUACAUCACUAGAAGGCAUGUAGUCGUUGUUCAGUUUACAAACUGAGGUUAUCGUUCCGGAUGUUGUCUUUUAAUGAGCAGAAACAUGAUGAGAUUUUUCAUGAUUAGACUUUAUUAGAUAUAUUUAUGAAAUAAAACAUGGUGCAGACAUACCCAAACAGUAACAGCUGGGCUGAGUGAGAUCUUCCACUCAUUAAAUUUCCUCAAACUUUUUAUUUUUUUUCUAAUGACAGUCAUCUUCUUACCACUUGUCUUGUUUCAUCCAAUUAAGAUGGACAUUUCCAUCACUGCCAGAGACCUUUGACUCUCCCCCUCAAGCUGCUGUCACCAGAGUCUAAGCUGCUCUUAAAUUACCGAAAACCUUAAAAUCAAGUAACUUCUGGGUCCCAGUUUGCACAUAACUGGCAGAGAUCACUUCUGGAUGAUUUGAUGCUUUUAGUCUGGCUGUAUUCAAGUCAGUUUUGGCAGAUGUCAAUGAUUUGAAGCUCUGCUGUGACUGCGAGUUUACACGUUCUGUCUGUAAGUGUGUGACUGGUUCAUUUCCUUUCAAAUGUUUGUGUUAAAGAUGCUGUUUGGACACAUAGAAAUAAUGUAUCCUUUAGGGAACUAGAGCAUCCUCCAGCCAUCUGUUCCACAAUAUGCCUGGACACCACUCAAACUCACGCACAAACACAUUUUCUUGCUCAGCCUCUCGCUCACACUCUUCCCUAUGAACACACACACACACAUACACACCACACAUACAAGUGGCUGUGUUGUCGCCAAUGCUCUCAUUUCAUCCUUGUUUGUCCAAGCAGAUCUGCCAGUAAACACAACCUUCUUGCUGCCAUCCUUCACUCUGCCAUAUGCCUUUCAACAUAGUUGCAACUAUACCACUGACCUCCCGGUGGUAAUCACACCUUCGGCCCGUGGUUCCAUAUGUGCGCUUCAGGAGGAAGAGGAUGCAUUCAUUAUUUUUACAUUCAUAGAUAUGUGGAUGCGAGUGUCAAAAACCUGUUUUACCUCGAGUUUAAGCAUCCUGUGACCCUGCUGGUUAGAGAUUCUAAACAAAUGUGACUCAGCCCAGCAUGAUGGAUGUAUCCGUGCUCUUCCCUUCUUCUCUCAUUGCUUUUCUCUUGACACAUGAAGAAUUGCAUCUGACUUCUACCCAGAAUCCCCUGCAUUUUGUACAUUUCCUGAAGUUUGUGGUGAUGGAUGAUUCCAAAUGUCAAGGCCUCUUUGGUCUUGCAUAUUUUAUGGGCAUGUUCCUGGAAAGUCUUGGAGUUUUUAGGGUUUUAGAUGCACUUUUCAUUGAGAUGGUCAACAUGGUGUGCAGACUUUAGACGUUGCCAACAAUUCGCUGGAAUAUGGAAUUGGUGUUGUUUGUAGAGUUAUGCUGCGUUCCAGUUACUUCGGAAGCCGGAUGUCGGAGCUGGGAAUGACGUUACACCCAAGUUGACGGCGUUCCAGUAAACAAGUGGGAGAACCAAGAUGGACGCCGAGUUUUAGCCAUUGUUAGUUGUUGUUAGCGGUUGUCUGCUGUUGUUCGUUGUUGUUAGCUCUACCAGUUAUAAAAAAACGCAUAAAUAAUACAUUACAAGAGCAUCUCCCAAUCUGGAAGUCUGGGGUUCAAUCGCAGGUCCUGCUGCCCACAUGUUGAAGUUAUUUCAUUCUUACCUUUGGUUUUGGUGCAUUAAGGGGCAGUUUUCAGGGGGCACGGGUUUGCGUGAGGUACUUGUCAAAUGGUCAACAUAUUAGUCAACAUUAUCCACAUGGGAUCCUGGUCAGCUUGGUCCUUCUGGACUUGGCUGUCACCCACUGCAGACAGGGUCAGCUCUACUAAGUAAUUUGGGGAGUUUUGACAAACUCUGACCCAGCCCAGGGUUUACUCCAUCAGCAGGGUUUGAUAACCAGCUUCCGUUCACGCUCUCAGGACAGUUACUCAACAAAAAGGCUGAGCUGACCGGGAUCCCCUGUGGGUAAUACACCAGCUAUUGACACGUACCUUGAAUAACACCACUUGAAAAAAAAGAGAAACUUUCCCUUUCCCUUUCGAGUGACCCACCAGCGCUCACAUGGCUCGAAAAGCCAAAUGAAAUACUUUAACCGUGGAUUGCCCCUUGUUGGGAUUAUGGAUUGGUGGUACAUACUGACUGGUUGGGUGGAAUAACACAACGACAUCCUGCAGGCCAUUGAUCUCCCAACAGAUCAAUGUGAUCAAUAAUGGAGUUUUGGCAUAGUCAUUGGGUGUUUACUUGACUUUGUAAGUCAGCGAGAGGGUGACAUACUGUACAUGUAACCAACUUAUUUCAAUGGUUUACAGAAAUUCCUCCAUUCAAAUGACUAACACUAAAAAACUCAUAUAUAAUAACAUCCUCUCUGCUGUUGCCACUAGAAAAUCUAAUACCAUCACACACUGUGUCACAGUUAAUGUGAGUCCGGCACUCAUAUGUCCUCCUUGUGAGAUACCAUCUGGCUCCCAAGCACAGUCAGAGCAACUGAACUAGAGGGGUUUCAUCCGGCAGCACAAUGUGAUGUCUGGUGGUGUGACAGUAAUGGCCUACUAAAUACUGGCACACACUCUGACAUAUAGCAUACUGGGUGCGUAAAUGCAUUUCCAGUAUGAGAGCCGUGAUGAUGGGGAUUCAGCAGAUGAGUUAGAGCAGAUUAUUGUUCCUUUGACCUCCUCAAACAGACUUCCUAAGUAUUAAAGCUACAUGGUGUUUGAAAGGAUGGGGCAAGAAGUUGCACACAGUAAGCUUUCACCAUGGAGACUGCAGCUGGAUUAACUUGGACUGGAUUUAAACAUGUUUAUGCUGGUCAGGGUGUAGUGACAGCUCUGCAGUAUCUCAUGUAAAGAUGCUGCGUUUGAAGACCCUUUUUGUACAUUUGGUCCUUGUUUGAUUUGUAUUGUGCAUAACACAGAGGUUGUAAAUGAGGCUCAUGCUGUUGAGUGAAUACUGCAAAUGGUUAACCCUGUUUUAUUGAUCCACAGGUGGCUCAUGUCAAGAGCAGGACUAAAGACUUCAAGCUGUUAAAACAAAGAUUUAAAGGUCCACUGCCAUGUGUAAUUACAAAUACAAUUCAAAAACUACCUUUUCAGAGUUAAUUCAGUACACAGUUUGGCUCAUAAUACUUAAUUUAAACAGAAUUUUUAUUUGUUAAUUACAACCUAACCUGGUCGAUACAUUAUCCGUUUAGUGAAGUCAUUAUCUGGACUGGUUGGGAUACCCUCAGUCAAAACAGGAGUACUUCAAAUGUGGCAUAUUUGCAUUUCCACAGCCCUCUGUGUGCCGAGGUAACUCGAAUCAUCUACAUGAGACACAUCAGACUUUAAAACAACUUCAGUGUAAUCCAAUAAUAGUCAUUAAAGGAUGCCCAGAGAGGCGGUACGUAAGCUAGCAACAUGUUGAAUUAAUUCUCCACAGGAUUCAAAUCAUUCUGCUAAGAGAUGCCAAUAUCACUGUUACUUGUAAACAAAAUUUAACGACCUGAUUUGGACAUGCAUGUUUGACGUGCAGACGUGUUGGAUGGUUUAAUGCACUUAAAUAAGCAGAAGAAGAAGAAAUUGUGCCUUCCUCUCAUUUCUGUUCCUCACAAACACCGCUGUCACUGCGUCAUGAAAGAUAAUGUGAUACAAAUAAAGCAGAAAAAAAACAAACAAAACAAAAGCACAGCUGUCGCUGCAUGCCUGUCGCUGUGCAUCAGAGAUUUCAUUAAUCGUGACUUCAGAUGUCUGAACCAUUGAGAUGUUCAGUGGUCUUUUAGAUAGAGUCUGUGUAACUAUGAUGAGUUUAAUCACCAAAUUGUUGUUUUUGUUAUCUAAAUUUGAGCCUUUUACAUCUGUGUGAAUGACUGGAUCCCCUUCUUGCGCCAUCGUGUUUCUACAGUGACGCGAAGAGCCCUACACAUUUUGAUUUCAAAUGAGGGGCCACCAAUAACGUACCGGAUAGAAGAUGCUGAAAAAGAGAGUGGUUUGUGUUGUGUGCAAAGAUCUGGAUUGGUAGACACUUCUGAAUUUAUCCAAAAUUUGAGUAUUUAUUCGAACAUAUUCAAACUUUUUAUUCAAACAAGCUGUCAGGAUACAGAGCGUACAGUCUAUAGGAGCAUCAAGCAGUCUGUAAUAACUUGCUUUUGGUCCAGCAGAGGGCACUCUCAUCGUAACCCGACCAUUGCAUGUAGUGUUGACUUCAGUUAAUUAAUAUUCCAAAUUGCAGCACCUGCUUGAAACAACUCGGUCAACUCUGACUGCCACUGCUGCUGCAAAUUUGACCUUUUAAGUUUAAGAGUCGUCUUUUUUUAUUGAACAUUGACUCCAUUACCAACAGCUAAUGUGUGUUUUGGCUCAACUUAAAGCUGACCCAGAAGCACACAUAUUUAAUGAAUACCACAGACUCUCUCAUUUUCCCUUCUGCUCUAUAAUCUUUUGUGUGGGACUGGAGAUGGUAUGGGAGUUUUUUAUUUAUUAUUUAUAUGUGUUCCCUUCUUUCGAGCUUUAACUCCAUGCUUAAGAUGAGAUUAUGUGUGCACCAACUUGCCAACGUGCACAGCCAUAUACACACACACCCUGAUGGAGUCAAGCUCUGUAAACCAGCCAAAUAAAAAUCUUCACUGAGGGAAAUAAAUCUUGUUAGAGAGAUUUUCCAAAGCCUGCUUAACUGUCUGGUUUUAGUGAGGAAAAAAAAAUCUGAUUUAGGCUCAAAAGUUUAUAAAAUUGGGAUACUUUGUAGAGAAAAAUUAUCAAGUAUGAUAAUUAUCUAUGAAAUUACCAUCCCUUAUCAUAAAUCAUCAGAAUACAUCAAAAUGUUUCAUGGUUUUGUAAAUUCAAGCUGUGACGAAUCUCCUUUUCACGAGAAGUGGGUUGCACUCAUACAGUCACCACAGUGUUGGCAUUGCUAAAAAAACCACAGAUGUUACAUUGAAUAAUUGAUUGCCUGUUUUCCUCUGUGAUAUUUUGUCUCUCUUCCCUCUGUUUCCUUCCCUCCACCUCCUGGUUUUUGUCUGGCCUUCCCAUCUCAAGCAUUUUAUUCAUAAGUGCUCUUCCUCUUCUUAAAUCCACUUAGCUUCAGUCUGCUCUCGCCAUGGCAGUGCACGGUCACGGUUAUUUUAAAGCCGGUCGGUGCCAUGAGGCCCGCUGAAUGCCUUUGAUGCUCAGCAGCCUGGACAGGAAACUCAGCUCAGUGAAACACUUCUGUCACUCAAAAGUUUUUUCAGGAGUUAGCGAGGUUGCUCUUGUCGGCACUGAUUUGUAGAGGCACAAAGUCUCAAAGGUAAAAGUGCAGCACUGUUGUGGGUUGCUGUCUUGUAAUAGCCAAACCCAAUACUUUUAAAAUAUUAAAUUAUAGAGCUGACUUUACCUUGUCCUCAAACAAUAUGAGUAGCUGCAUGGUUGAACUGUAUUGUUCUGUGUCUGGUUAUGAGGGUCAUGUAGUACACUUGUUUCUCCUUGUUUUGUCAUUUUACUUCGAUUCAGCUUUUGAAUCAAGAUUUAUGGGGCGUUCACACCAAGUGUGAAUAAAAUCAUCUACUUGCUUCAUUCACGUGUAUCUAGACAUGUGAAUGAAAAGUAUUUACUCGCUUCAUUCGCGCGAUGGACUCGCUCUAUUCGCGAGAAUCAUUUAGUCCAUUCGCAUGUGGAUAGCUGUUUAUGCUCAUUUCAACAGUGAUCCUUGCCAAUUCAACCCAAGGGAUCAAGUGAUAGACAACGGUUUUUCACAAGUUACCAGUUAAUCCGACCUCCUCGCUCACUGUCCUCCAGGUGAGCUCCUUUUUAUUCCUGUUUUUAUUAGAAAAACAUGGAUUCAAGAGAGGGGGAGCGUCUCCAUCAAGCAUGGUAGGAGUGAACCACGUUCAUCAGAUUGCUGCUUUGUUUUUGUUGUGGAAGGCCCACAACCAUCAGCGAUUUAGACUCCACCGUGUCUGGGUCUCCUCCAAUAGCUGCGCCUGGAUGACGGAUCCCAGCGUUUUUGUUUUUUUUAGGUUACCUGAGCCCAAUUUGAUGACCUGUUGGUGAGGGUCAGUGUUCACACCAGUGAAAAUCUUUUUUUUUUCCGUUUGAGUCACCCCGGAAUCUUCAUACUGAUUGGUCAUCGCGACACAAAUGUUCGCUUGAGUUGAGAUAUUUACAGCUCUCGCGAAUUCGUGUCAUUCGCGCGAAUAAAUGACACGCUCAAUGUUUGCGAUUUGCGCCGCCCAAUUUGCAUAAUUCAUGCCACCAGAGUAGUAUGAGCGUCUAAUCACUUCUAAUCGCAUCUUUGCAUCUUUGCAUCUUUGCAUUGACUUAAAUGUAUUUCAUCUGUGCGAAUGAUUUUACUCGCGCUUGGUGUACACACCCCAUAAGAGUCCAGUGAGAGAAAAGCACCCACACUACCACUGAAACUUCUCGAACAGUUCACAUAAUAAUUAAGUGGUGCCUUUAAGUAAAAAUAUUUUACUGUGAGGAAAAAUAAGGACUUUGACUUUGCUGGAAUCUACCGUAGAAAACAGCUGUUGUUAGACCAGAUUACAGCAGUUACAAAGGAGCUAUUCUUCAAGGCCGUAUAGUGACAACAACCCUUGUGAUGGAAACCAAAGUAGAGCAAUUACACUGAAGGAAAAAAAAAACUCAAUCACAUACAGUACAGUGGAGCCUAACAUAGAAAGUGUAAGUGGAACAGCAGACCGGACAUUAUACUAAUAACGGUGUAAUACAUGACAUAUUCCAACCCAGUCAGGGAUUAUGUAAAACAGUGACACGGUUCCUCCAGGGCAGUUCGUAAAAGACCUUCAAUCAAUGCCCAGUGUGCAUAAAGUAGUGAGCAGUUUCCUCAUCUCUGAGUGCACUCAUGGGGUGUUGAGGAAUUCUGGUUUUAGAAGAAGGCAUGAAGUGCAUGUAAAUCAUAUUGACGUCAUAUAGAUGAGCUUUAUUUUUUUUUCUGCUGCAAAUGGAAAGACUAUUAUUACAAGAAUAAAAGCCAUUUCAGCCCGAGUGUGCUAAUUGAACUGAGCCAUGUGACCUUGUUUUAGGGAGCGACUGCUAAUGCACAUGUGCUUUCUAAGACAAAGGCAGUCGUAACUGCCCCAGAGCCGAAACAAGCCAAGGCCAUAUAUCUGGAUUACAGUUCAGAUUUAACAUUUGGGACUUGACAAAGUAGCCUGGAACAAGCAGCCGGAGAUAUUAAAAGGGGCUGCUGCAGGAAGAUGGCAAAAUCCCAUGGGACAAAAGGUGAAAAGGAGAAGAAGAAUGAAACCAAGUCACUGAAACCACAAAAUGCCAGUGCUCUCUCUAUGCGCUCUUCAGUCGAGGAGGUCUGUCUGAAGUUACAUCUGCUGACAAUGGCGGUCUGUGUCUGUCUGUGCCCAUGUACAAAAGCUGCUGUUGUUUUUGUGUAAGGCUGGCACCGAGGACUGAGGCUACUGGAGAGGAAAGGAACCUGGUUACUGCUGGGCUGGCUAACUACAGGGCAUAUGAGACUCAAAUAUAAACCUGUAUAUACGCAGUCACAUGUUCAGUCUGGAAAAGAAGUCAUCCCUUUUUACAAGCCUGAUUCCAAAUCAGUGGAGUAACAGCAAGUUUUGAUGGUUAGCUAAUCAUCCAAACCCCAUAUUUGAUUGAGAGUAGGGCUGGGCGAUAAGGGAAAAAGUUUAUUGCAAUGUAUUUUUUCAUAUCAGGCGAUAUCGAUUAAAAUCACUUGUCAAUUUCAGAUAUCUUCUGUUCAGGUCCUUACAACACUGUUUGUGCAGCUCUUCCUUCUUGUUUUCAUAAAGAUACGUCAUUUGGUUUGUUUAAGUGGAUUCAACAGGACCUUCACUGGUGAAAGCUGCCAUCUUGGUUGUUUACGUUGAGGUGGCGCUCCAGUGUUGACAUCUUAAAUCUCGGACUGCCACUAAGUCUGACACUGAUGGGAAAACACUGAGACAGAUGGCAGUUUUGGACCCAAAUGCCUGUGAAAGUGAGUAUGAGCCGGCUGAUUGGUCGGGCAACACCAGCCUAAUAUACUGGUGCUGAUGGAUGUGAAAUAAGACUGACGAAAGGCACAUGUACAGAAUCUCUGAGUGGAGGUGAAAUGCUCUUUCAAGUUUUGAUUUUAUAACCCAGUUUAAUUGGACUAGGUUUUAUGAUAUCAAGAAGGAAAACUGCUAACAGCAGAUUAAAGAGACUCUUUUUAUCUGCAGCUGUUUUAAGUGUGGAAAAUAUUGUGAAUGAAAGUUAGAGAGGAAGAGUCAAAGUUAGAACCAGAGGAUACUGUCAGAUUUGGCUUUUAUCGCUGAAUCUCUGAGUUCAAAGAGAGAAACAAAGUCGGGAAUCACAGCUGAGACUUUUUUUUCUUCAGAGAAAGUUUGAGUUUGUCACAGACCCCCUUAUCUGAUGAGCUUUGGAGAUGGUUUUGUUAUUUCAGGCAGCGAUGAAGUUAAGUUGGGAACCAAAGCCAAUGUGUUUGAUGAAAGUUAAUUGAGGCUUGUCUAUUGAUUUGUCAAGCAUGUCGUUCAGAGAGGAGUGGGCUGAGAGUGAGCUGGAUCUCCACACAACUUUUUUUUUCUCCCAGUGAAAAAGUUCAUCAGGGGGCCGCUGCUGUGACCAAUUGGUGGGUUGAAAGUUGAUUAACCCCCACCCCCACCAGCCAACCAGCCCCCUUUAGUCACACACUCAUUUCUAUAGAAAUCUGUGGGUGGGCACUCAGAGUGGCCGGAUGUACUUACACAUAUAUCUAAAUGAACACACACGCAGAUACACUUUAUCCAUAUGCAUUCAAGCUUAUGUUUCAAUACAAUUAUAUACAUAUAUUUCUCAUUGUUUAUUUUAGGUGUGUGUGUGUGCGUGUGUGUGCUGUGUGCCAGACAAGUGAGGAAUUGGGGGCGUGACCCUGCACUGAAAGAUAGAGAGGAGAGGGGAUGGUUUGGUAUCCAUGGCGAUAGAGAGACUCGGGGCAGGAAGCCGACAGGAAGUAAGGGUGUUCCACACGCCAUCGGGGGACUCUUCCGUUGUCAUGACGCUGUGAACUGUUGUCAUGGAAACCCCGCUGAAUCAGGCUGAAUGCUGAUGAAAAACAUGUUGACUAGAUUAUUAAUGAAUGCACACCAUCCACAGCCUCCACACGUGCUUUAAGGCAUCAAUUUUAAAGUUACACGUCCAAACUGUCGGCAGAGGAGUCCGGGUUGAUCGUUUUUGAAGUAUAAAAUGCGUUUCCUCCUCCGUGUUUCAGCUUCAAACUUUGAGCUAAGGCAGAAAAUCCUUCAACAAAAAAGUUUCUUCAAAGCUCCUUUUGAAGAUAGUUGCAGGGGUGUCAUUAAGAAUUCAGGGUAUCAUAUCGGGCUCCAUCACCACAGCCUGAGACGACCUCAGUGAAGUUAAUGUCAUAUUUCCUCAGAAGACCUGUUUGGGUUGCCCUCCAACUCUUUUAGUGCCAUCCUGUUUCUGUUUCUGCCUGAUCUUUCUUCAUCUCUCUUUCCCAGUCUGCUAACAAUUGUGUCUCUGUGUGAUCGGUGAGCUUCUCUGGCCGUAGACCUGGGUCCUCUGGCAAAUACUCCAAAGUCUCUGCUCUCUUCACUUCCUUCAUCCUCUAACAUAUCUCAUUCCUCUCUGUCUGUUCCAAGGGCUGAACCCUCUUCAAGCAUGGAGCAACAGGAUGAAUCCCGGCACUUUGUCCGGCUUUUAGUCUGACAUACAGUGAAGCUCAGUAAUGGAUGUUCAUGUUUCCAAGCUUCCUUUAGUUAAGACUCCUUUGAGGCAUGAUUUCUUGGAAACGACUUAAGUCUCACAUCUUCAGAAACACUAUGAAGUGUGGAUGCUGAGAGGCAGGCUACCUCUACACUUCCAGUCGCUGUUCCUGAAAUUAAAGAUCAUGUGGUUCAUGAAGUUCAUUUAUGCCAGCCAAUAUUGUGGAUAAAGCUACAUAGCAUUGUUAUUAUACUGUUUUUUAGUAUAAUAACUGUUUUUUCAAGAAUUAAGAGUUUUUUAUUUGAGAUAAAUGCGUGUGAUUCAGCCGGCAAAUCCCUGGUAAUGGUUCUUAAUCAUUGAUAUCAUGGUGAUAUCAAUAUUAAUCAAUUUCUGCAAACUAGAGCAGAGGACUCGAACCUCUGCACGGCUCACUAAAGACUAAUCAAUGCUGUUAGAUACCAGAGAAUCUGUCAGCCUUUUUUUUUUCCCCCCAGAAGCUGAUGUAUUAGUCUGCAGCUCUGCUCCACUGAAAUGCAACAGGGUUACUAAUCACAUACAUACACACACUUACACACACACACACACACACUGGAUACACACUGUAUUUUCUCUCCAGAGCAGAUGGAAAAAGUGCAUCUCACUGCUCUAACAAGGCAGGCAGAUUAGUAAACACACACACACACACACACUUGGUCCUCUCACAGCUGAGGUGGACACGUGCACUCAUACAUGCUCAGUGGAUAAACUCUCAGCCUGCAUGCGCACUGGGACUGGGAGAGAGCGUUUGGGUUGACACAUUAAACACAGACACACACGCACACAGGCGCACACACGCAUCCUCGUCCUCCUCUGUCCAGUUGGCUGGCCUCCUUCAGUCCCCUGUGCCUUCUCCUUUUUUAUGUGUGUGUCCUAAAUAUCAUCUCACACCACACACUCCUUCAUGUUUACAUAAUGGUUUAAUUCAUCCGCUCUCGUACUUGUGUUUGUACUUGGUUUAUUAGCGACAUGUCCAGGGCUAAAUCCCUGGGUGUGUGUGUGUGUGUGUGUGUGCCAUGUGUAGAUGCAGGUCAUUUAUUCAUGACUGUUUGAUAAGACGUGUCCGAAGCCCGAGGCAGAGAUUUCAGGUCAGUCCCUGGCAGGAUCUCUGUGACUCACAGCUCAUCAAACAUAUCUCAGCUCCAGGGCAGCAUGUGGAGGUAUCUCUCUUAUUUAUCCUUUAACACCCGACUCCAAACCAAACCAGGGCGGAUCAGCUUGUUAUCAGGCAGCUCCGAAAGAAAGCAGGUGAAAUCGGGAAAAUCCUCACUGAGGAAGAACCAAAGGUUGACCGGCUUAACAACUUGAAAGUCAAGGCUGGAGAAAGACUUGUCCUGCCACUAAUUAGACCAACACUGAUUAAACAAAAGUAUGCACUAAGACUGGGAUUAGUAUCAGGCUGAAGUUGUCUGCUCAACUGAUACUUAAUGAUUUACAGGUAAGCCUCCUCUGUGUGGUAAAUUCACAUGACAAGAUCAUUAAAUGUGUAUCAGCGGAGUGGACAGAGUGUGCGCCUCAUAUAGAGGGUUGGCUCUUUGCUGCAUGUCACCCCAAUGCCUUUUUCCGUCUAUUGUAGCCCCUAUAAGUGGUACCCAAAAACUCAUCUUAGAAAGUGAUGAUUCUGCGUCUUAAGUAGGACACGAAACUCAUGGCUAGAGCUGCUUAAUUACGGUAAACGAUAUAAUAAGGAUUUUUUGAUGAUUAUUAAACACAGGUACUCAUAAAGAGACAUCUACAUCACAUGCAUUCAAGACCUAAACACUUUAAAACUCUCUGAGCUCUUAAAAAACAUCAAACAUAUUCAAAUAAAAGCAGAAAAAAGUGAGAUUUUUGUUUACCAAAACAUGUUUAUCUGUCUAAAUUGAUUUUAAAAAAAAGAUAAUAUUCUCUAAACUAGAUAACAGACUUUCACUUGUAGUAGAGAAGGAAUCUCUAACAAUCUGUGUUAUCAAAAACUAAAGCAUCCCAGCUCUUUCAGCACGUGGCAGCAGUUGUUUCUAAAGUUGGUAUAACUAGAGAAGCAAGCGGUCGGCAACAUUCAUCUCUCGAAAGAAACGGUGUGUUUGACCCUAUCUUAAUUUUACGCCGGAAUAUCCCUUUAAGGCUACAGCUCUGACACAUCAUUCAGCCUGUUUUACGCUGUCCCUUGGCUUUUCAGGCACACUGGACACGUGCUCACCUGCCUCUCCUCUCUUCACCUGGAGCUACAGGAUAGUUUGUAUCCCUGUAGCUCAACAUGUUGAAGAUAAAGCAGACCUCCCUCAUGACUUCACCUGCGAUUAUUCUGUAUUGUUCGUAUCUGAAGAAGCGGCAGAAACAGUUUGGGCAGGAUUUGCAUAGUGCCAUCCUCGCCAUGAAAAAAAGAUGCUCAAAUCCAGCCCUUCAGGCGUGCUCCUCCUCCAAAGUGCAACAAAAAGACAUGUUUUUAACCCAAAGCAGCUGUGCUUGUAUCCCUGUCUGACUCAUGCUGUCAGUGUGGGUAUUAUUCAUCCACACAGCUGGCUGUUAUUAAUUCUUUUGACUGCAGCUCUCUAUGAAUUAGGAGCACUGUGGACUGCUGCUUUUACUGCCGGCGUACUGGAGAGAGUACUUGGGUACAAUAAGGAUCAGGCAAGAGUCUGGCUUCAUAAAUCUCAUACCCCAUCCAGCAGAGUAAUUACUACAUCUGUAGCUGUCCUCGGUUAUGCUCUUAAAAAAUGUUAAAGACAGCUAACUCCAGGCUGUUACCCUGUUAUAUAUUGAAGUCUUCUCCUGCAGAGCUGAGCCAUCAGUGUUCUCUCAUCAGGAGUGAGUGUUUUUGGUUAAAGCCUGAUUAAAGAGUUUUAAAUAACAGCAGUUUGGGUUUUAUUGGACUUUGGUGGAGCCAAAGGGCUGUAAAGGAAUUUGUGAUAUCCCAUCUGGCUGGGCAUAGUGGAGUGAUACCUAACACUGUAAGUGUGGUGCAUGCAUGUGUCCAUGUGUGAGUUUUUUAACCCCCCAGCUGUUCAAGCGUAUUACCACCUCUAACACAGGGCCCCAAAUUCUCACGGUCACUUCUUACCACUCGGACGACUCACAAAACAGACCCCCUUUUUACCCAGCAGAACAACUGGACUUCAUAACACACACACACACACUCUCUGCUACACACUCCCAGAUCCUAGCGAUAGGCUCGUCUGAUAGGGUUUUGUGUUGCAGCAUUAAUGCCGCUGUAUCCCUGUGAUACAAUGCACGGUUUGUGUAGCGCUCUGUGACAAUAACCUUCAUUUAUUAUGGAGCCUAAUCUCAUUAACUCAUAACCUGUGCUGCUGACGGUCUCUGUGAGGCUGGGGAGAGGAGAUAGAUCGGCUAAUUUCAUUAGUAACAGGGCAAAAAAUGUACAGCAAGGACCUUAGAGGAGAAUUCAGUCAUAGCUCGAGAAAAAUUGAGCAUACUAACAUCAAGUUUUUUAGAACUUACCAUCUCUGCAUGUAACGAAUAAAAUGUAGGACUUUAAAACAGCUCAAUUUUCAGUAUGUGCAAGGUAUGUUUGCAUGUAAUCUAUGGUUGUAAAUAGGGUUGGGUAUCAUUUGGAUUUUACCGAUUCCGAUUCUCAAUAUCGAUUUCUGUUCUAAACAAUUCUCGAUUCCGAUUCUUUCAGCUGGAAGUCAAUAGGUCACAGCCUAUUCAUCAGGAGAAUUUUUGUUGCACUGUGUUACUCCGUCCUCCUCUUUCAAAUUAAAAUGAAGCUAGAUGUUUCUUUGCGGUCCGUGUUCAGAUGAGUGACGUUCUUGCUAGCGGAUGCACGGAGAACGCCGAACGGAGUAAUACACGCCCCGAAAACAAAUUAGUGUGGGCACUUGGAACCGAAAAAAAGACCUAAAGUUCAAAAGUCUGCUUAAUGGUUCUGGAACCGGACGUCUGGAACCCAACCCUAGUUGUAAACUGUUGCGUUAGUGUUCACAGACUUGCUUGUUUUUCAGCCUCUGAACGAGUUGCUGAUUAGAUUUUUGCUCGACAAGCCGUCAACAAAACAGAGCUUCUUGAAUUUCUGGGCCAAGGGUGGCGUAACGUCAUCCACUAGCCAUGUGAGAAAGUGUUGGUGAACGUACCGAGGAGGCUGUUAAAGCCAUAAUAAAAAAUCAGGGUUAUUUCUCCAACUGCGACUAUUUAUAUAUCCUGACAGACCAAUUUUGAACUCCCUUCCUUGGUUAAAACAUAAGUAUUGUGUUGUUUAACGAUAAAAUGAGCUUGUUUUUUCAUAGAGACAACAUCUAUUUGUUAUCUUGAACAGUCAGUUGGGAAGUAAAGAAACUUAUUUAUCCAUUUUGACACAACAAUGAAUAAUAAUUCUUAUACAUCCUCUACAGCAGGUCACUUGUAGAUAGAAUGAGUAGACAGAGAACUUUCUGUUCUUAUUUGUGUCCUCCCCAAAAAUCUUUAUCUGGUCCUCGGGCAGUUUCACGGCUGGGAUAAAAUUAAAUGUUUGUUAAACGGCUGACAUUGUCUCAGCGCGAAAUGGAUAAUCGAUCAGCGAGGUAAAUGAAUGUGCAGCGCCUUAAACACCCGAAGAGAAAUGUGCACUCUGCAGACAAGAAGAAAAAGGUAAUGGCUGUGUGAGAAAUCACAAACUUAUUACUCCUUUCCUGUUGAGUUUAAUGUAGUGUGGUGGACUGAACCGUGAGCCCAAUAAGAAAAAGUCUUUAGGACGCCUCUCGCCAGACACUGCGUUAUGAUGAAGAUUCUGCAGGUUAGUGUUGGCUGGAGUUUAAACAGUUAGUCCACGAUUCAUAGUCUCAGUUUGGACAGCAGUACAAAGAGCAGAUUUCUACAGCAGGGGGUUUGUGGUUGGUUUUGGACGGAGUUGAUCUCUUUUGACUGUUUUGUCUCGUGUUGCCAUCUUGUCCACGGCUCUGUGCGCUCUCCCUAAUCUGACAUCCAGCACAUCGGAGAGGCUGACAGAGUGAGAUAAGGUGACAGGACCCGAGAGGAGAAGUGGGGCUAACACUAAUUUAACCAGCUGACACUCAACACAGCUGAACGCUAUAUACAUUAGAGUCUGGCCCCCUGGAGGUAUGUGCCCUGGUGGAUGUGUGUGUCUGACUGUGGGCGUGUGUUGGUGACACUGAGGUCAACAGGUGAGACGUUUUUGUGUCUUCAUCAGAGAUCAGUCAUGGCAGUUGGAGUGCUUUCACACGGCAAAGAAAUUUCAUGGUAAUGACUUUAAUUGUCUUUGACUCGAGGAAUGUUAGUCGUUAUGAUUCGACGGGAGGUUUCACUGACGCACCGUCUGCUUGGAGCUCUUAAGAGACAGAAAAAUACCAAAGUGUUGACGAUCAGGAAAAAUCAAAUCAUAAUUGAGCCUUUUAUUCAAAUGGCCAUUAGUAGAGCCUGAAUUUCAUUUUACAAAAUGAGGAGGGAUUUUUUAUUGGUCCGCUUAAAUAUACUGUGAUGACUUUUUCGUCUGGCUAUGAAAUAGAAAACCUUGAUUAUGUGACGCACGAUAGAUGCUAAUACCUCCAUAUGAUCAGCAAAAUCAAACCAACUGACUUGGACCAGCCUAACACCGUAAAAGUCAAAUCUUUUGUCAAGCCAACCUUGCAGAGAAAAACUACCCGUCAAAACCCGACAGUACUCGCCACUGCAGAGCAACAUCAACUUGCUCCAGUGUUUCCUUUAUAGUGUAUUUGGCAGGGCGGGACGGAUACCCCCCGUAUUCUGGUCGCGAGCACUUAUACCCCGCAAGGUUUGCACAGGAUGGUUUUGACAACCCCUGGGUUUUGGCUCCUGUCCUUCAUGAUUGCCGCCAACAAAACAAUAAAAAAAAAAGGUCAUGUAGCAUCGAAUAGGGAUGCACGAUAUUUAUCGGACCGAUAAAAUAUCGGCCGAUUUGGGGGGAAAUUCGCGCCUUACUCGCAGGUCCCAAGCCUGACCCCGUCACUACCUGACAGAUAAUAAAAUGUCUUCACCAGCAUGGUCGUUUCUCUCAGUGGCAGAAGAUGACAACAGCUGCUAUAUGCAAAACCUGUUCAGCGAGGAUUCCGAGAGGAGGAAAGAAGACGUCAAGUAUUGACACAACGAAUCUGAUAGCUCAUCUGAAAAGUCGCCAUCGCGGCGAAGCGGUAGUAAAAGAAUAUGAGACAGCCGCCGAAGCUGCUAGCGGUACUAAAGCUAAGACAACAACACUACGGAGGAUCGAUGUCCCCAUUCAGCAGGCGUUUAAAAACUGCAAAAGCUUCUCAAGAGACAGCGAAAAGGCUAAAGCCAUUAAUGACAAAGUGAUGGAGUUCAUAGCGGUCGACGAACAGCCUUUUUCCGUCGUUGAGAACCCGGGUUUUCGUAAGUUCAUAGCACACUUGGAGCCACGUUACACUCUCCCAAGCCGCCGCUUCUUCUCGGAUGUGUCUCUUCCUGCACUCUAUGAUAUUGUCGCCACAUACAUUCACAACCUGAUCGACAAGAACGGACUACACGUGAGUUUUACCACAGACAUAUGGACGUCAGAUGUUAGUCCGGUCAGCAUGCUAAGCCUAACGUCUCAUAAUAGCUCCUUUACAGUUUACAGUUCUGUUGAACAGUUCAGGGGAUCAAAUGAAGUUCUGCUUUUUGCUCUGUUAUUGUUAUUUAUAGCAAAUGACCACAUUUGAAGAGCCAAAAACUUUAGUUUGUUGUUCUAGAUAGGCCAGAGCAACAAAAACAUCAGUUUUCAAUCGCUGCAUCCUGCACAAACUGCAGAUUAUAUGAAGAUUAUAAUAAAUGUAAAAAUAUGAAUUUAUCGGUUAUCGGUAUCGGUAUCGGCCAUGAGAAGAAGAAAAUUAUCGGUUAUCGGUAUCGGUUGAAAUUUUUCAUAUCGUGCAUCACUAGCAUUAAACUGUCCUCGAACGUUCAGCACCCCAAUUGAAAAUAUCUGCAUUCUUCAAAAAGACGGUACAUAGUGAUAAAACACCCUUUCCAUGUUUGUCCUGCUGCAGAUCCAUCUUGCAAAGUUUCAGGCUGCCACAUUCGGUAGCUAUGGGCGUAUUUCUUAACGGCAGCCCAUGAGGAAAUUUGAUGCUUUUUAGACUCAUUUACUAACUUUGACUCUGUAUAGAUGUAGUUUCUUUAUAUUGAGCCACUCCAUGUAUUGGGACUGCAUUCAUGUAAGACACACAAGCUGUUAAAAGCUUAUUAAAAAGAUAGUAACAGUGUGCUGAUAUUCUUGCUUUCCAACGAAAAACCUUCAAAGAUUGUUAAAUUCACAGACUCUUUCACUCCUGUGGGUUGAACACGCAGGCUUUCUCUCCCUGGAGAAACACACUGCUCCAUUUAAUAAGACAACAGUAAUCACAUCUACUGUUAAAAAUGGGUUUGUGACGGUGUACAUGCAGGCGAAGAAAGAUUCCCUCAUCGCACAGAUUCAGGCUAAAUCAGCCCCAGGAGUCCUGUAAUCCAACACGGUGCUAUUCAUUAGUGUGCAGCCAGGAGCGAUUCACUUAUCUCAACACUAACAACACAGAGCUUCAGUGAAACCUCCAUGCACUGUCUCCAUCCCAAAAGAGAGCCACCAUCUAAGGCUGCAUGUUGUUAAAAAAGUCAUUUAAAAGUGCUCACCAUUAGACUUGGAUUCAGUGCAGCUACAAAACUUCGAAACGCUCCAAACUUCAGGUGUACCAUCUGGCUGCACCUCUCCACCCUCACGCCAAAGUUUGAUUGAAGGCAACAAGCUAGUACCCUGUUUUUCUGGGUCGUUAAAAAAAGUGUUUUGGAAAUAUAAGAAAAGUGUAACUGAAGAAGUGUAAAGGUCAAGGCCGAGUGGAAACCCCAAAACAAUACACCUCCACACUUCAUGACCAAAAUCCCCCCUGGAAUGAGCGGAACGUGAUGGAUUGAUGCAGGAGGGUAUAAGUGGACACACGAGCCCCGAAGGCGAGUUCAUGACCUCUCACCUACAGUAUCAGGAAGUCUGCUUCUGAUUCAGAGCUUGUAAUGUUUGGUGGAUAUUCCCUGAGAAGCUGAUUUGUCUUGAAUACAUUAUAACAAAAACAGUCUGUACUGCUGCUGACGUCUCAUGGCACAUUUCCAUAGAUAUUUGAUAUUUGUUUGCUCUCAAAAAAUACUCAAAACAACAGAAAAAUUGAUGCAUUUUUAAAGGUUUUUUUUCUGUGAGUGUUACUUCUGCCCUUUUAUUUAUAUUGAGCAUUCUAAAACAGCAGAACAGUGCAAAGACGGUUAACAGAGGGGUUAUAGAUGUCCAGCUAAAGUGGCCAGUCUCAGAACAAAUAAAGAAAUACAGAAAACAAACCAGCAAAUCAGCAUCAUAUCGAGAUCAGCACUCAUAAGGCCAGUAUCAGCAUCAUCUUUUCCAUCGCCUACGACAACAUAUGAAUUCAAAACGGUCACUGGCUAAUGUUUGAUGAAAAUUAUGAUCUGAUAUAUUGAAUAAUACAGUUUCUGAAAUAAAGGUCUGGCAUGCUCUGGUUUUCAGAGCAGAACUCGGUGUAUAUUUACAUUUCAUUAAAGACCCACUCCGAUGAAAAACAUGUUUUUCUUGUUGUCUUCAUGCUGAUAUGGCAUUUUUCCGAUGCUACGGGGCAUAUCAUGAGAAAACUAAGUGUGAAAUUGCAUUUCUGGAUAUUUCUACAUUCAAAUCACUGUGAGUCUGAACCUGCCAUUUGGGUCUGCCAGAGAUUCAGUGAGAUUUUCUAUGUCACAAAUCCAAGCUCCGCCCACGGAGCCCCACUAUGCAGGCCACACUCAGAGAAAUAGAGAGGACAAUCGCGGAACAGGCGUCUGUUUUAGUGGAUUGAAAUGCUUGUAAAAAAAAAAAUUAUAUCAACUUUCAUCAUGUCCCUAAAGACAUUAGUGUCCGAGAGCUGAAUAGCUGCUAUGUUACCUGCUACUUCUACUACACCCGUAAUGUUAGGCUGCAAGCUAGCGUGAAGAGAGGUGUGCAGAGCAGUGCUGUCUCCGCCCACGACUCAGAGGUGAAUUGCUAAUGAGCUACUGGAGCUCUGCAGAAGAAAAGCCCUUGAAAAUGACACGGGUAACGCAAUUUUUUUGUAAAAACUUCAUAAUCACAAUUUAAAGACCACUGAGAACACUUAAAGUGGUGAAAGAAAAAGAAAAAAACAGUCUUAGUGGGACUUUAAGUCAGUUAAAAUGCACCUAAAACAUGUUACAGACUUGGAUAAACACAUUUUUUCAAAUGCAAAGCAACAACAGUGCAAUCGCAGACCUGCUUGUAUAUUAUCUGUAUUGGGAUUGAAAGGAGCUGUGCAUGAGUUCUUCACUUUGAGAGCUUUGGCUUAAUUUGGUGAUAAUACUCACUGAUUUAAAUCCCAGAUUUCAUUGUAGUGAAGUGUUUUUUACAGCAUGUCAUAAAAAAAUGAAGAUUUGAGCUCUUUUUACCACUUUGGUUUUCUCACAGGCUGCAGACCUAACACAUCAUUUAGUCUUUUCAAGCUUCGAAUCGUGUCUGUAGUAACACCAUGAUCUGGGCUGGUAUUUUAUUAUGAUUCAGAAAAAUGGCGAUCACUAUUUUUCACACUAAUCUGAGCUGCUUAUGUUGAAGGGAAAGUGGGAGCUGUCUGACGGGAGGGGCUGCACCAACACUCUGUUGUUGAGGAAGGGAGGGGUGGUGCACUUUGUUCAAUGUAUAGGACUGAACACAGCAGGCGUCAUGAUACCAUUCAGUUCAGAUUAUCCUCUUUUUAUGAUCAUAGGAGCUGUAAUCCAAAUUGAAAUCUGAUUCAUCGCCCAGCUCAAACACACACAGAGUCAAAGUGGACACCUGCAGCCUGAUUCAUGUUAACCCUCUAAGUCGAGCAUUCAUCCUCACACAUAUGUGGCAGCACCUACUGGGAGGAUGACACUAUCUCCUGUUGGUCUUUCUUUGAGGCAGGAAGACAAGCCCUCGAGUACUGAAGCCAGAGUAGAAAGGAGGCUUGGGGGUUCAUCCUCUUCUCUUUCUUAACAGUAAAAUGAGAUUAUAACUGCAAAACAUUGCAGUACCAUCGCCUCUCUCUGACAUUGACCUGGUAGCAGCGAUAACAAACAUUAAAAAAUAACUGCAGAGAAAUAAAUGAUCUUAUUCCUGAUAAUCUCUGGCUGUUUCAUAACCAGGUAAAUAAAAAAAGGUUUUAUUUCGCUAAAAUCUCUAGGAUUAGAUCUGUAAACCCCAAACUAACACAGCACAGCUGUUUGUCUGAUUGUGUAAUAAAUGAUUGAAAAUGUAAAAAGGAUUAUAACCCCAAAACGCUCCAAAUUUCAUUCAGAAACACAGAAUAACAGAAGUCGCAGUAAUCCUGUUAUUAGCUCAGAAAGAUCAGCAACAGUUUUUUAAUCCAGCCCCUCUCUUGAGAACUUCCAGAACCAAAAUAAUAUGAACACCGUUAUGAGAUCAGAUCCAAAGUCCUCGCUGUGAUUGAGAUUUUACCAGGUGACAGCGAGCGGGCGUCACUUUUUUAUUGCAUCAACAUGUUUUGGCUGUGCUUCGUUUUUAUGAGCGGUAAAUUCUCCUCAGUGACACUCGGGCAUGAGAGAGAGGCUGCAGCCCGAGGAUCAGGUGUCUGGCAGCUCACACAUCCUCGUUUGGCUCCGUCUUUCUGUCUCACACAGUCAGCCGUGGAGUCACACUCACUCAUGCCAACACAGGGGUCACAGGUCAAAUUGAACUGCACCUUUAGUUUUGUUAUGAAUUUUAACGUCCGAAAGGAGGGAUUGAAGAGGAGGCGUAUGAAUGCAGGGAGAUGAAACAGAUCACUAUUGGAAAACUGCACGUCUGGUGACCUUUCCUCCAUGAAUAAAACACUAUCCAUAGAAAUGUCAUGUUGCCAGGUCUCUGAGGCCUCCUGGGAAAUCUGAUAAAGCAGAUAAAGUGCAGAUGGGUGGAAUAAUACAGUGAUUCAGCUGUGAGCUUCAUGCAUGGCCUGCCUGCAGCAUUGAAGUCCCAUCACUAUCUGCUCAGUGUGCUCUUAAAGCUGAGCCCUGGUGUCUCUUUACCCGCUCCUGCAUAUCCCCUCUUCCUCCGGCUUCCUCCGGUGACUGACAGCUACUGCAUGUGUCUGAAGCCCAGCACUGCUUUUCAGAUGUCAAACACGCCUGCAUGGACCAAAGUCCAAAACUGGAGGCUGCCAUUUUAUUUUCUUCACAGUAUAACCCAUUUGAACUAUUUCUAACCUAUCAGCUGGGAAACAUGUUGGCGACAGAAAAGACGGAGAAAGAUUUAACCACAUGUUCACAUUUUCCAAGGUCUGUUGUGAACUAACUGCACAGAUAAACCUCGGCAUCUCAGGUCCUCAUACACGCAGGUAGAAAAGACUAAAUUGGGACCCAUCUCUUUUGGCUAUAAAUGUAGUUAGAAGAGAUAAAAAAUGACAGAGGAAGAUGUGACCAAAGGUCUUUAGCUGCACUCAAACCCCGGGCACUGCAUGUCCUGGUCAGUCUCUCUACUACAGGCGCAUUUUGAACUUUGGGGUUGGGGGUUUGACAGAGAAGGAAAACCUAGAGGAAAGGAAAUAUAUUCAUAUAUGUUUUUUUUUGUAGAGAUGACCUUGAAUUGAAAAGAAUCAGACAGCAAAGCAGCAGAAUUAUUUUUAUUUCCUAAAAGAUGAUAUAAAAAAAGAUUAAAACCAAUGAUGGGAAAACUGUCAUUUUUGACACAAUCAAGCUCCUGUGGUACGUCAAAAGGGAAAAAAAAAUCGGCUGCUUGCAUUUAUUUCAUUUAAAAUUGCCACUAUAUUGGGAAGUAAGGCUGAUUAACUUAUGAAAAUGUUUUGGUGAAAGAUGACACUUCUAAAGUCCAUUUACUUUAAAACUACAACCUUUUUUUACUUCCGGUACAAUACUGAUAUUGUAGCCUUCAGUAUCGACCGAUACCGAUAUUGAUCCGGUAUUGGCACAAACUUGUGCAUGACCAGUUUUGCACUCAGCUGCAACAUCUUUUUCGGACUGUAAUGAAAAAUACUGCCACACAGCCGAUAUCACUCCUACUUCUUGCUACUUUGUUUGUACCUGAGUACACACUGUUGUUGUGAUCGCAUAGGCUCUACAUGCUGGAUCCGGGUGCUGUUAGCUAGAGGUACCGGAGUGGAGUCUGGGAGGGACUGCUUGUAUCAGAGUGCUGAUAUCAGACAUUUUAGAUGCAGGCCGAUAUAAUCCAAUAUUCCUUUUUUGGCGUUAUCAAUAUCGUAUCAGGACAUAUCGUAUUGAAUUUCCCUUUGGGGGCAAAGAAAGGUUUUCUUAUUCUUAUUCUCCUACAUUAAUAAAAACCUUAAUGAUUUAACUGCUCUGAAUUCUGGUGAUGACUCAGCAGGAAGAAAAGGUUUAAUUAAGUCGACUCAUCGCCCUCACACCUCAAACUGACCAAUAAAAGAUCGAUGGAUUUAGAAUUCCUUAUUCGAACCCUCGUUUCUCCUGCUCAGACAGUGUUUGGCUUCGAGGUGUAAUCCAUCACUUACUUUGUAUUCAUAUCAGGAAGCAUCAGAGGGCAGAGCUGAGCGCAGGGCAGCUGAUUUUAAACCUGGUCCAUCUGGUUUUGUGGUUCCACCUUUGUAAACAUGGACUCAGGCCAGGUCCAGGUAAACACAGGUCACAGGACGAGCAGGAGACCGACAAACAGAGGGGAGGGUGGUCACCGCACUGACCUUAAACGCACAUUUAACUCAUAUUCUGUCAGUGUGUUGUAUUUUCGUGUAUUUGAUCAGUGAUAGUGUUGAGUUUCUAUGUAAAGAUGAAAUAAUCUGAAUGAACUCGUUUGGAUUGUUCAGAUGGAAGUGCAGUUCUCUCUCGUGUGCUCACACAACUCUCACUGAACCCACACGCAAUCCUUAGGGGAUGUGGCUGUGUGUUGGUUUGGUCGUAUGUGUGUGUGCAUGCAUGUAUGUGUGUGUGUGUUGCUGUGGUAUGCCCAAAUCAAAGUAGAUUAGAGUCUCUCACAGUGUGAUGUUAAUGAAGCCAUUAUUUACGGUGCAACCCCUCUGUCAACUCCAUUCUUCAGUUUUUCCCUUUUGCCUGCUUUCCAGAUUUCUCACAUCAGUCUCUCCUUGUGUUUGAAUGAAUGUGAUCAACAGGUACAUUGAAUUUAAAGCAGGCGGGCUGAAUGACACAAAACAGGGCAGGAAACAGGAUUACAGAUCAGUUCAUCUAUUUAUCAUUUGUAAAAACACUCUCAGUUUAUCAGCUUCUUGUCAUUUUCUUCUACUUUGCCUCAUUAUUUCUCCUCCUUCUUCCUCUCCUCCACUCUCAUUCUCUCUCUUUCUCUGAGGCUUUAUAGAUGAGGUCCAGCCAUUAUUGUCCUCUUUCAUAAUAUAUUGGCUUUGUGUUUUUUUUUACUCCCGCUGCACAAUAGGACCCUGAUCAUGUGACCCACACUCAUAUCUUCCAGAAAAUUACUCAUAAUUCCAAUUAAACCAAAAUCUCCAUUUUAUAUUCAGAUUUUAUUUUAAAGCAAAAUUCCCAUUUAUUCUGAAGGUCAGAGAGAGCUUCAGUAAUAACUGUGGAAAACCAUGAAAAAGCUCCGACUUCAUGCAAUUUGAAUAUUUUAUUUUAGGGACUGAAAGAUGGAGACCUUUUUUUGCUCCGUAGUCGACUGACUGACUGAAUAGCAGUGUUUGAAAGAAACGGCUUCAUUUAUUAAAAAGGGCGUCUGCAUGCAGAAAGAGGGAAUUGGUUUGCUAUGACCGAUAACUUGCAUCGGCUGCUCAGUAAGCUUGAGUUUUUUGUCAAUAUACCCAAUAUUAAUACUUAUAUUUACACACCUUUUUAGAAUUAAAUGUAGUGAUGGGAAGAACAGUUCUUUUGACUGUACUGAAUCUUUAGAAUCUGUUCAUUAAAAUGAUUCGUUCAAAAGAUUCGUUCACUGAAUCAGUCAGUGCUUCGGAGCCCCGUCCUGCUGGUGCAGUACAUGAGUGAGUCACAGCGGCGCUUAUCGGGAGUUCGUUGAACUAGCCCCUCCCCUCCCCUGCUGCUGAAGUCACAGUGUCAAUCACUGGGUGACACAUGUCGUUCAUUCGCCAAGUUGUGAAGGAAGAAUCACUCCCCUGCCCUGAAAAACUCACCUCUGUGUGCCGCCGACGUUCGCAUCGCCACACCUCAAGUUGUUUUUUUCGUUUUGUUCACAGUCUGACUGAUACAUGUCGUUCAUUCGCUGUGAGCAAAUCACGAGACUCCGCCCACUUGCUUGCUCGCUGUUUGUGUGUCGUUCGCCAAAGAGUCAAAGGCGGCAGUUCCACUCCCGACCGGCACACCACGCUCGCGGCUGAGCUAAACUGAACUAAGAAAAGAACGAAUCAGGUCUUGGAGUGAUUCCAUUCACAUCGUUCACUCAGCAGUUCGGUUCUUUUGAAUGGAUCGUCCAUGAACGACACGACACUAAUUAAAGGACUGCAGAGUUUUUCUCAUAUUGUCUCCAGUCAUGAUGCUAAGGGUCCUGCAUUAAAGUAAAGUAGGCUAACAUGAAAAUUAUAAAGUUGGGAAAACUGAAAGAUUUGGAUAAUCAUUUUUAAACAAACAUCUGUCCAUACUUCAUAAAAUAUAAAGCCAAAUAUGAACUCUUUGUGGAGAGGACCUAUGCAGAAAUGUUGUAUACCAUGGUACUGAGCCACUUUGAAUCACAGCCCUAAGCAUGUGCACCUUUUACCUGGUGGGUGGAGGUCAAGGUUUGCCGGCUCUGCUUUUCAUGAAGCUCAAAUUAGUCAUCAGCGACCCUCAGACCAACUGGUGCCAAUUCAGAGACAUGACGCUCUUUUGAUUUGGACAUUUUGGAGCUACAAGGUUUGUGUAAUAGUCAUCAACUAUCAGCCGGUCCAAGGCCCAAUAUUCACAUCAGUGUAAGGUCUUCUCCACAAUGUGAACGGCACUGAGGCACAAAGACAGGACUGAGUCGUUCCUCACUAAGAUUACUAACAUUGGAGGCAGAACCAGAGGAGUCACAGAGGUGGGAUGGGAUCACUGCGAGUUGAUGCUCAGACCUGCUUGUUUGUGUGUGUGUGAGUGUCAAGCCUCUGCUGUGUGUGAAGCUCUGGAGUUUCUGCAAUGAUUUGUUAAUCACACCCUGGGACACCAGUGUCACACUUUGGUGAGAUCAAUAUAAAAAGGGCAGAGGGGUUAUGAGGGCAGAGCGUCAUUACGACACCACUGAGGACUCUGAAUAUGACAGGAGUGAGUUAGACUCAGGAUCUAAAAGUAUGCACUCUUUAAUAUUAAUCUUAACUCCUUUUGUUUUUGCAGUAUUGAACUGUUGAGAAGCCCAUAUGAUAUUCUUCAUACAUCAUGCAGGCCUUAGAUUUCGUGCACAUAUGACCUCCGCUCUACUGUAGUUGUUCGCCUCAUGGCUUCUUGUUCGCAACCUCAGCUAAAGCCAUCAGCAUGUGGAAGUCUUCUCCUUCCUCUAACUUCAAUCUCCAGUCAACAUUUUCUUGAUGAGCUUGUUAAUCUUCUUCGCCCCGGUGGCUUCAUAACGUGCAUGCUAACACUGUCGGCAAAUGAUGGGAUUGAAGAUGGCCUAUCUUCUUUUCUGCUUUUCUCCACUUGUGCUCAAAAAUAACUCAUUCAACUUGUUGUUUUAUGGUGACAUGUACUGUUUGGUUUCAUUUAACCAGCACUGCUACAAAAGCCUUCAUGUUCAUUUUGACUCUGCCAUGAUAGAUCAGGGACAUCAAGUGUUGUUGAUUUUGUGUGAUAUCUAUCUGUCCCAUCCAGGCAAGCCAUUUAAAGCAGUGCCAAUAUUCGUUAGAUUAGAUUAGAUUUGAAGUCAAUCACUCACUUCUGCCUUAAUCAGAUCCAUAGGUGGUAGUUUUUUCACUUUUCCUCCAGAUAUUCAGCAGAAAACUCCUUGGAUCCUUCUGCAGCAUAAGAAAAAAAGGAAGUAAAGUGAGUUGAACAAGUGUGAAGUCAAACAUUAAACCCCUGUGGCGUCUUCUGAAUAUUCAUCGGUGCAGAAGAUUUUACGGAUGAUACAGAAGGGUUUUGUUUUCAGAGUUAGAUGCGCUGCGUUGCACGGCUUCAAAAGGUCAACAACACGUAUUUAAAACAGAACGAGCGCAGUUUGUCACGCACAUGCUUUAAUUUUCCUCAUCGGCUGCUGUAUACAGUAAACAAUAGGAUUAUUCUGUGUUGAUCUGAGCUUCAUAAAUAGACUUAAUGUGCAGCUGGGUAUGGUGAUAGUUGACCUAAAUCUGACUCUGCUGCACAGGCCUUUCAUCUUCCUACAGGACCUUUUAUUUUGGUGUUCCUGUGUUAAAAGAGAGGAUUUAUUUUGUCAUAUUCUCCUUAUGUUUUGUAUUUGUACCCCAGUUCCUCUAGAUGAAGUCUGAUGUUGCGUUCUGUAUUAGCAUUUAACCCCUUCAUCUUCCUCCUCCUCUCUGUUCAGAAGAAGGCUUAGCAACAGGCUUUGUCAGAUUGUGUGUGUUGUUCCUGUCUAAUCAUAUUAAGUAUGUCAUCUGGUUGUAUUUUAAGUGCUUUACAGAAUCAUUAUCAGUCCUCGUUCAUAUGCUACAUUAGUGGAAUAUAAAUGAGAGACAUGGCCUCUGUGUUGCUCUCUUUCUGGCUAGCUUAUGUAAGCUUUAAGAGUUUCACACUCUUUGAAAUUCAAUGCACAGUUUAGCGUCUUUAAAUGCAGCCAUUUUCUGUAAAAUCAUAUUGAGUGGAAGCUUAACGCUCCUCCAAUUAAAUUAUGAUUAGGAAUGUUUAAUUAAAGCUCAAAGUUAGCUUAAAAGCUUAAAGUUUUUUGACAUUUACACGCCUUUUUGUGAUAUGAAAAGGCAAACAAGACCAUCGGAGAGAAGAUUGUCUUUAUAUUGUAAUAUCAAAGGCCUGAAAUGCACGGCUUUGUGAUUUGGUGCUAUAUAAAUAAAAAUUUAUUGAUUUUUUUGAUUGAUUGAAACUGGUGUGAGGGGGUAGGUGUUAAUUUUUACAAUUUCUAACCACAAUAUUAUCAAUUAAUGAUGCAUCAGGCUGUCAGAAGUCAGUAGGAUGAGAUUUCUUUUCUGAAGAUACUACGCUACCAUGAAAAAUACCAGAUAAGCAAACACUGCUUUGCCCACAGGGGGCGCCAAAGUUGACGCAAACCUAAAGUUCCUCACAGGAGCUUUAAUUAGGUCUAUUGGUGUCUUCAUCAGUGCAAGUUAGCACCAGAAUCACCAGUUGGUUUAACUAAUCAGAGCUACUUUUAAUAUCGAAGGCUGCCAAUUUAGUUACAGGACAACCAAACAACAACUAGCUGUAGCCUGGGUUCCAAUGGCUGAUUGACAGCAGGCUGAAAAAUAGCCUUUUUUCGCUUUUUAAAACAAACAUGGCAAAUGAGGUUACAGAAAUACUGAUCACAGAUCUGCUGUUUCUUUGUAAUAAAUUCACAUUUUUACUAACAAAGGAUACCGAUCAUUUUCCAAACCUGGCCUUGCAAAAGCAGCUGUAGUUCAGUAACAACUAGAAAAUCCUGAAAAUAUGUUUUAAAACAGCCACUGAUGUUGCGAGACAAAAUAAACCCCGACAGAUCCCCUGCAAGUCUGAGAAACAGUUGGAUAGUAUUUACACAGAAACACAGAGUGAAUCCAGAAGCUUCAUACAUCACUGUGUCCUCUGCUGUCCCUGGGUAAAAUUACUACCAUGAAAUAGAAGGCUGCGUGUGCCUUUGUGAGUAUGUAUACGGCGAGGGAAAGUUAAUAGAUCCUUUUAAAGUGGUCUGCUGUAAGCCGAUAACCUCUGAUAUCUUGACUCUGUACAUGUGAGUGUCUAUUACCGAGACCCAGGCUUGCUCUUUUGCUCUCGCAGUCACUGAGAAAUCUGUGUGUGUUGCAUUAAAAUAAUGUUCCCCCUUGUGACAAAAAAAGCCGAGGUGCUCUUGUGCUGCAGAAGGAUUCAGGUCAUUGUAUGUGCAGCAGCAGCUGAAAUGAAACUGAUGUCUGAGAAUAAGAUGCCCGCCGCUGUCUUUUGUCUGUUUUCAAUGUAGCGCUCGGAGCCAAGGCUAUCUCAGGGUUGGCUCUUCAUUCAAAGAAAUGAAUCUCACUCCACUCUGCUGGAAUAUAUAUAUUUUUAUUUUCGCUCUAUGCUUAAAAAAAAAGGUGACAUCACAUCACACAUAUUGUCGGCACAUUUGGCCUCUCCUCUCUGACUGAAUGAAGUCAGCCGGUUUCCAGGGCGGUUGUGAAACGUAUCCUCUGAGUGACAGACGGGAAAAGCUUGUCAGUCAUCGUGUGACAAAGUCGCACAGCAGCUGGUCGGGGUUUCACCUGUUGAAAUGACAAAUGACACUAAUUAUCUCUCUCAUCUCCUCUCUGUAGUGGUGGCAGCGGAGCCGCUGGUCCGAGGUCUGAGGAAAAUCCCCGAAGAUAUCGACUGGUCCUACUCAGGUCAGUAUGAACCAUAGAUACAGCUGUAAUGGAGGAAGAAUUGUGGGAAAUAUUUCACAAUUUUUAUUUAUGGGAGGUUGAGUUUUCUGAGUUUAUUUUCUCUUUGUUCUCAAACUUAUUUUAGUUUUUCUUCAAAAACCUUUUUAAUUAGCUCACAAAGCUCCUUUCACACACGCACACCUGCAGUUCCCACUUAUGCAACAUGUGUAGAGAGAGAGAAACAGGCACAGUCUUAACACAAGGAUCACUGAGGAGUAAAUUCUCAAAGACUGAAGUGCAGCUGCUAAUUGCACCGUCAUUUGCACAUCAUUUUUUCCUGCUGUCUCCUCUGUCUCUGCGUCUUAUUCACAAAGAAACCGCACUCAUGAUAUUCAAGCACAAAAACACCCACAAUGCUCUGCAGCUCUAUGCAAUUUUCAGCACUUCUACUCCUGAAAUGAGCUAUUAACAGAGCUGCACUGCGCACUCUCAUCCUGAAGGCGCUGAUUCGUAUGAAGGACAGAAGACACUUCGCUUCACAGCAAAAGCAGCCUGGUUAGAUCUUUAAAAAACAUUCAUGCAUUAAAGUAAAACAUAUGUACGAGGUUAGCACGUGGUUAUUACAUUCAUUGCCAUUUUCAAAUAAUAUUACAAUGGCAUUAGGGCUGGGCGAUAAACUGGAAAUUUACAGAUACCGAAAUUUACGACAAUAACCAACGUCAUUUUGUCUGUAUUGGUAAAUUCAGUGUCAAAAAUAAAUAAAUAAAAGUUGGUUUUGGAUGUGUGUAGGUAGGCUAUGGUCUCAUGUCCCUUUUAAGACGCUGUCCUACGUCAGAGACGUGACUCCACCCCAUCCAGUCCGUAACAAAGAGGGAAAGACAGGUGAGGAGAUGGAGGACGGUUCAAAAGUCGUAGCGGCUGAAGUAGACGAAGUUAAUGUGAUAGGGGGUGAGCAGUUUGUGGAGUAGUUAUCGUUAUCGAGGUGAACUGCUCAGUAUAUCGUGAUAUUGAUUUGAGGCCAUAUCACCCAGCCCUAAAUGGCUUAAUCACUGGAAAUUUACAAUUACCACCAACUCCCAGCUGACGGUAAAAGUUUCUUCCUGUCUGCUGUUGUCGUUAUUGUUUGUGAAUUAAAUGUUAUUUGCUGUACGGCUUAUUUGCAUAGGAAGAAUCCUGUCAUUGCUCCAAAUGAAAAUGCCUAAUGGCUCUUUAAAAUGAUUAAAAGACGACACCAGUAUGCAGCGGCACUGUUGGCUCUGCAGUGAAGUUUGUGAUGCACUGAACCCCGUGUGCUGGCUUUGUGAAAUAAACCAAGGGUUCCUGAAUUUUGCAUGCCAAGCACGCCCCGGCAGAGACCCCUUAUUGUCGAUUCAUUGUCUUUUUUUGUUAAUAGUCUCAUAAUUUCUGUCUCAACAAUAAUUAACUGAAGUUUUUUUUACACAUUUCCUUCUUGUUAUUUAUUCACAACGUUCAUUACGUCUUCCCUCUGGUAUCAACAGACUCUGCAGUUGCAUCUUUACAGCAUUUAACAGCACCGGUAGUAACAACUAUUCCAAGGUCAGCAUUCAACAACUUUCAAUCAAGACUUUCUUUUUCAUGCAGCCGUGCCAUGGAUUAUUUUACACCCAUUAGGAAGUGAGAAAAAAUGAUAAAAAGCAAAUAAAAACACAGUCUGCAAAGAGGUAGUUGUUAAUGCAGCCAUGAUGGCAGCAACAAGUGAUAAUGGAAAUAAAGUUCUUUUAUGACUGCUCUUUAGUUAUGCAACCAUCAAUCAGUGACAGGAAGUUCAGUGAGAAAGCCCUGAAGACGGAUUCGUCCUCAGCUCACCCGUCAGAAUCACACAACACCUCUCAAAUCAGACCCAGGGACAGUUCAUCAGACCGGUAGAGCCAGUGUGAGCAGGCUGGAAACCACAUGAAUUAAGGGAAUUAUCCAUUAACAGCUCCCGUGAGAGAGCCUUAAUCAGCCUCAGACCAUAUGUCAGACGUCCUCAGCUAACUCAGCACAAAGCCCCCACUGGGCUAAGCUAGGAAACAAGGAGUGGACUCAGACAGACAGUACUGGUCCCAGAGGGAGAGAUUAGCUUCUUACUGGUCGGGGGCAAUCAGGAGGAACGAUCAGCUUUAACAGGUCAUCAGGGGACUAAACACAGAGCUAUUACACUUAUUAACCGAGACCCCCAGCGGAUCACUGCUGAUAACGGAGAUGCCAUUUGAAGCCGAUUCAGGCUUCUACUUUUAGGCCUGAAUGUUACAGAAAAUAUGUCGACCAAAAUUAUUAUUAAUCACUAGGGCCAAUUUUGGCCCGUUUGAGAUGAAUCUGUAAUCAGCCAAAACUCGCCCAUUUUCGCCAAUAUUUUCAGAAAUAAAAUGCGGAGAAUAAGAUUUGGUUUCACUUCGAAAAUGUUCCGCCAUUUGAAAAAUUCCCCAACUUAUCCUGUAGAUGGCGCAGCGACUUCAUGACAAUCUUCAUCCACUAACUACCUCACAGCACAGCACAGUGACAGAUCUGAAGCAGGCAGCUCAGGGACGCACGGAGGAGAGUGGUCCGCCUCAACGGGAAAUAAACCAGUUUGUGAAAUACACAACAAGUCAACAAGUUUCAGUUCAACCCACUUAAUGACGUUCCCUGCUGUGCUGGUCUCGAUCACGCCGAGUUAAUGGUGAAGCACCAUGUAAUAUGCAAGCUUAAGUUAGAGUUAGCCACCUGCUAUUAGCCUUGCUACACUGUUAGCCGUGUCAGUAACGGUAGAAUAAACAACAGUACACAUUAGUGAUUGAGCUACUUCUCUUUCUGAGGCAGCUGCAUGUCUCCACAUGAGACCAGACCGGAAACGAGUAACAUGAGUUUCAUCAGUUUUCAUCAAUUACAAGAUUUUAAUCAGGGGCUAAAUAAUCCAAAGACUUCCGGUCUUGGCUGACAGCGUACAAGCUAAAAACUGCAUGUUUGAAUAUAUUUCUUUUUCUGUUGGUUUCAUAUAUAAUCAGAUAUGAAUAUCCAAAGCUAGUCUCAAACACCUUCUGUGUAAGCCUUUCAUCAGGCAGUUCAUGACGACGAAGCUUGAAGUUGGAACUGAUUAAUUUUCCUCUUUUGCUUUUUAUGUCUCCAAAACUGAACUUCUGAUGCCAGUGUGGGUGGAAUAAUCUGUAUGUCAGCUUCUCUGUAAGUUAUAGAGAUAAACAACCAUUAAUGCACACAUUCACACCUACAGGUGUGUUCAUGGUGAACCGGGAACCGUCUUGCCCUGACUUUAAGAGUGUGCAAAAAUAUACAUUUAUCGUCAGUCUGUUGCUUAGAGACAGCGUUCAACAGCUCAAAUGAAAAAAGGAAAUGUAUUUAUGGACGGCACUGACAAACUAAUUACUUUCAUACGUCUAAACAUCCAGCUCCAUUAAUUUUGCACACAGCAUUAACUGUGUAAACUGGUGAUGAGCCAUGUUUAAUGGUCUUGUAAUGCUGCCAUGACUCAUCCCUCACACACACACACAUGAAACCAGUGCGGCCGUGAGAUUUUGUUUAUUCCUCCUGUCCUGAGUCAUUUCUGUCAAAGCAGCAUGGAUAGAAGUCGACACGUGUGUAUUUUCAUCCUUCAGAUUGUUUUCUUUCCUCGGUGGAAUCUUUACCAUCAGCUCGUCGUAUACGGUCUGUUUGACUGAGUGAUGAGUUUUGACUAAAGGAACGAUAAAUGAUGAAAACCGUCAACAAUAGAAAGAACGAGGAGAAGCUCUCUCUUUACCUUCCUCCUCCUCUAAGCUUUCAUUCAUCCUGAUUAAAAACUCCUGAUCAUUUUUCUAUAUUUUAUCCUGAACUGUAUUUUGGCCUUUCUUUAUAGUUUUCAUGUAUUUUUUCAUUUUACUUCCUCUCUUUUUUUUUUCUACUUUUUCUUUCUAUCUUUUCUUCUUUCUGCCCCAUUUUCUUCCUUUAAUUAACUCUGUUAUGUUGUAAUUUCCUUUUUUUUUCUGUAUUUCUGCGUUUUUCAAUUUGUCUUUCUGGCUCUUUCUAUUUUCUGUCACUCGUUUUCUGUUUUCUUGUUGUCUGUUAUUUAUACUUUCUUUGUCUUUCUUUUUCUGUCACAUUAUCUGUUUCUGGUUAUUUUUUCUUCUCACUCCUUUUAAUCUGUUUUUUUUUUUUGCUUUAUUCUUUCAUUUUCUUUUGGUAUUUUUUUUUCCUGUUUUCUGUAUCGUUUUUCUUUAUUUUGUCUUUCAAUUUGUUUCUUUUUCUUUUCUUUCUAUCAAUCUUUACUUUAUUAUUUUUUGUUUGUUUGUUUGUUUCUUUCUUUCUCUUUCUCUUUUAGUUCUUUCUUUUACUUCUUGAUGAUUGAAUUUCUUUUGUUUCUUUUUUCUUCCUUUCUUUCUACCUUUUGUUUCUUUAUUCUUUAAUUUCUUUCUUUUUUCUUGUUUUCUUUCUUUUGUUUCUUUUAUUUCUUUACUAUUUAAUUUCUUUCUUAUGUUUGUUUGUUUCUUUAUUUCUUUUGUUUCUUUCUUUACUUUCUUUUUUGUUUCUUUACUAUUUAAUUUCUUUCUUUCUUUCUUUUGUUUGUUUCUUUCUUUGCAGUUUCUUUUUUCUUUCUCUUGACUUUUCCUUUUAACUGUCUUAUUUCUGACUUUUUUCCAUCUUUCUCUAUCUUUUUCUCUCUUUCUCUCUCUUUAUCAUCAUUUGAGUCAUGUCUUCAUCCUGAGGCGUCAAACUUCUUGUUUUUCUUUCCCUGAAGUUCAUCAUCUCAGCUGAAGUUGACUCAGGGGCUGUUCAUCUGGACUCAUCGUAACUGUAGCUGUCUCUCCAGUGUGUAUCUGGUGUGUGUGUGUCUGGUGUGUGUGUGUGUGUGUGUGUGUGUGUGUGUGUAUGUGUGUGUGUGUGUGUGUGUGUGUGUGUGUCCGUGCGUCUGUUUGUGUGGGCUUAAACGCGGCCUUGUUUUUCUGACCGGCUCUGUUUCUUGCCUUGCGCUGUGCGCUGAGUCGUGAGUAAAAACAUUAACAUGUGAAAGAAGCGCACUUCAUUGUGAGGCGCCGUGCACAGCUUUUUAGUUGGGUAAGAAGUACAGAGGAGACAAAGGGAAAUAAAGAAAAGAGGGGGGGGGGGCAGAAGAGGGAGAAAUAGAGUGAAAGAGAGUUGAGGAAAAAGAAGACCUCAGGUUGAAUAGGAGAGAAGCAGAGAGGGAAAGUUAAAUUAGCAGAGAGAAAUUGGGCUUUUCCCACAUCACCCUGAAUGAGGACUCACCAGUUUGAACCACAAAGAGAAACUAAGAUGUGUGUGUUGUUAUCCAAGCAAAAAAAAACAAAACUUAGAGAUAAUACAAAAUAAGGAUUAUAAGAGAAAAAGGAAAAAACUUCAGAAUAAGGGUACAGAGUUUUGUUGCGUACUUUAUUCGAACCUCCACACAGUUCAGUAACUCGAACAUGUAAAGUUGGAAAGUUUCUUUACCCAGUUUGAAAGUUUCUUAUUUUCAGGAUGUCUAUUUAAUAUGUGUAUUAAUAUCAUCCUUAAUCCUCAUUUAUACAGUGGCUAUUUUUUGAAUGGACAAGCCUUAUGUAGUUUGUUUAAACCACCAAAGCCACACUUAAAUGUGACGGUGUGGUCUAUGGAGGAUUUCCUGUUUGUGUCUGUGCCCAUCCUUAUUCUUAAAGGGCCACCCCCAUUGCCUAGCAACCGGUAGUUAGCUGGCUAACGAGCAAAAAUAACGACCAUCAACCUGCACCGGAAAUUUAAUGCAGAUUUUUAGAGAGGUUAAGCAGAGGUAGGAACACCAGGGGCGCAGCCGGUGGUGCUGUUAAAAUCGCACAUCAGAAGGCCUCCCUGUGGCAGUCGGCUUUUUCCAUAAAUGUGGAACUCACUGCCAACGGUAAUGAGAUUAACACGAGACAGAAAGAUUUCCAACAAAAGCAGUGAAAGAUACAGUUAUUUCUUCUAACUGUACCACAGCGGGACAACCAAAUCUGGUUUUGGGUGAUCGGUACAGAGUUGAAAAGGCUCUUCUAAUGAUGGAGAUGAUCAAUAUUGUUGAUAUUUUGUUUUCUAGUGAACCCCUAGGAGAACAUUUGACAUCCAAGCGUCUAUAAAUGACAUUUAAUGCAGAUUUAAGUGUAAUUGUGUGACCCCUGGUUUUAUUGCAGUUCGUUUGUAUUUUGUUUCCUCUGACAUGCAAACUCCUGCGUCGGGAUUUUGUCGUUAAAAUCAACUAACUUGACUGAUCUUAAUGUCUCUGUCUUUCUUGUUGCUGCAGACUGGAUUUUGUUCUUAUCUUCACUUUCUGUUAUUUUUUCAGUUACGGCUCUGUCAGCUUGAUUUAUUUGUUUUGGUUUCAACUCAUCCCAAGCUAAAGUCUCUGUAGCUAAAGAGGUAUUAACAUAAAACCUGCAGGUAUACUCUGCGUGUGUUUGUGCAGGAGAGCAUCCCUGCUGCUCCUCUCCCUCUCUGCCAUGUGUCCUCUCCUCGGUCUCUACGGGGUCCCUGGAACCUUCUGCCUGGAAGACAACCCCCAGGGCCCCGUCUGUUUAGUGUGUAGGUGUAAAAUCAUUCACUCUGAUAGGUCUGCGCUUUUUAUCUGGCAGGCAAACGCAAUUAGAUGCAUUACAUUUUUUUAUAUCCCUUUACAAAUAUCACUACAAAACUAUGGGACUCUGUGUGCUAUUGCACCAUCUUCCUGUUUUAUACAAUUUUUGUAUCAGCACAGCUUCUGAGGAAGAGGUAAUCUUCUGCAGAAAAGCUAAAGCAUCAUAUGAAGAAUAAACAAGAUGAACAGGGAUCUGAAGUUACGCAGAGACAAACAGAAUGCUAUAGACAGUGUAUGUGUUAUUCAUUAGUGAUAAUGUUGACUGUAUUUUGUCAGUUUCUUCUACCUCUGCAUCUCCGUCUCUGCCUCUCCUCCUCUCUCGUCUCCGUGUCUGUCUCUAUGUCUCCUCUCUGCGCUUGAUCCAAGUCUUACCCGGGGGCGAUGCAAGCUGCAGUACUCCCCAGUGUUUUGUCUGGGGAAUACACACUCACACUCUGUCUUACACACACACUCUCCCUCUCUGUCUCUCUCUUUCUCUCUUACUCGCAGAUGCAGAUUCGGCGUACACUUCUUGUGUGUGUCUGUACAUUUCUAUAAGAUUACUUCAUGACCCAUUUGUUCGUGGUUUAAAUGGGUCGGUUGGAAAUUGAAGUGGACCGAUGCAGACAUGAAAUGAGUCCUAUUUUCACAUUAAGAGUCCGAUCACACUCCUGGUUAAAGAGUUCAUCCGUUUCCAAGAAAACACUCUCAUCUAACCAUCGUUAAUACGGCUGAAUCAUUAGGAUUAGACUAAUAGGGACAGCGUGAAAGACUGUUUGAAGGCUCCAUCUCACCAAAUCCCUGCAGAUGUCUGAAUGUAAUAUGUUCAGUCAUGGUAGCAAUCCUCAUUUAGGAUCUGUGAGCAGAUGUGAACAGUUUAAAUUUGUCUCACACACAUGUAUUUGUUAGAUUGACAAACAUUUGAGAGUGAGAAUUUGCAACACGCUCCCUUUCAGUUCGCUACUAUCCGAUCAUCUCCUGUUUGACCCUUUACCUAUCAAAUCAAUCGACGAUACACGUUAGCAAGAGGCCAACAGGAUGUACACAGAAUGAUGAAAACGCCAUGUUUACAGCUCUGCAGCACUUUUUUUACAAAAGGAAAGUUUCGUCUUUUUUCACAUCCGUUUUUAGGCCAGUUUCAAUCCAAUUGAGUCGUACACAUGCAGGAGAAAAACAAAUUAUGGAGGUGUAUUAGUCCAACAAUGAGAAGUUUGAUUUACUGUGAUUCCAGUCAGACUAACGUGUGUUCUGUAACAGUCUGGACGAAGGCAAUAACUCUGUUUUUUUAAAGACCAUGUAAACGUACUGCCUGAAUCAUCUCACAACUCAAAGAUCAUAAAUGCGAAUAAAUAACAAGCAUACCACAGGUAUCACACUGUAGUUUAUUCUAGUGGUGUUAGGGAUCACAGUGGGGAACCAUUAUGUAUUCAGAUAAGAUCAAUAGCAAGUCAAGGCUAGCUUUUAAACCAGUAGGAGUUUAAGGUGGAUGGCAGUUUUUCCUAAACCUACAAGUGUUUGAUUGCGAUCUGGAACAGCAGCAAUUUUUGCUGUAUGCCAAUUCCUACUGGAUCCGUAUGUGAGACGAAUUUCAUGGCUGAUACAGACAGCGGUAAUGUUUGUGGGUUUCUCAUGACAUGAUGAGUCAAAAACAUGGAUUUGAAUUGUAAUUUUUUUUAUUGGGACUUAUCAUCAUAAAUCUUUUAGCCCAUAUUGCCCAUCCCGAGUGUCAAAAAGCUGAGGGAGAAUCUCUUUGAACUAUUUUUCUGCUGAUUGAUUUUAUAUGACGUGUUUGAUCUGCUUGUUUCUGGCGUCGCUCUUGUUGUGCAGAAGUAUUAACUGUUGUCGAAAGGUUGUUGUCAGGGAGUUUAGAUGACUCAAAAUGAAGAAUUGAAUGCAGCCAGGUGAUUAGCAAGAAAGCUGCGUAAGAAAAUACUUCACCACACAUUGUUGUCAACAUCAGCAAAGCCACUUUAAAAGCCGGUCUUUGUCACGCCGGGGUUGUUUUAAUACAUAUUCAUGGUUGUAGUUCUGAUGUGUAAUCUGUCUGAAGCUCUUAAUCUGAGCUUGUCAGUGUGCAUUACCCCGUCUUUGUUAUUUUUAAUUAUCACCAUUAGAACCAGUGUUUUGCAGCGGAGGAUGUAAAAGCUGAAGUGGAGGCUUUCCCGUCUUUAAAAAAAAAAGAUUAAUAAUAGAAUAAGGAUGAAGCUUUGAUCCCUGAUUUCUGAUUGCGUCUCUCCACCAGCGAGCUGCUCGCCUCUGUUGUCUCCCUCUCUCAUCUUUCAUGAGUCUGUCUUUCUCUCUCUGUGUAGAUGCAUGUAUUCACCACCCACCAUGUUCUCAAACCGCUCUCUUAGUCACCAAAUACUUUAGGCUGGCUCCUCUUCUGCUCCAGUUGUUGCUCAGCCUGUGUGGCAGCUCCUGGAGCCCCUGUGGGAGACGUGAGGUAAUCAUGCAGAGGUGUGUAUGUGUGCCCCUUUAUACAGAAACACACGCUUCAUGCCCCCCCCUCCCCAUUUACUGGCCUUGUUUCCCGCUUGCGCCAUUGUUCAGCCGGGUUAACGAGGCUGUAAUUUAUGCUCUUCGCCAUCCCACGGUGUAAUGUUGAAUAUCUGAAAUGGUGGAAAAUUUCACACAGCGUGGUCAUGGUGAACAACCUGGACGAUCCGGUCCCUCCAAUCAACACUCAUGAGAAGAAGCAGACACUUUGUUUGUUUGUUUUUUGCGUAUUUCUCAGUUUUCGUAGAGAGUAAACUCACACAGGCGUGCUCAGAAAAAAGAAAACAGUAAAUGAGUUCAGAGAGCAAGUGUGCCAUCUUCAAUAUUUAACAAGGUAACUCCACGCACGGAGUCUCGUCCCGACCCCCUCUCGCUCCAGAAACCUUUUCAUAUUCACACGUCUAGACACCGGAGAUCACAUGAAGAGCACACGGGGACUCUGAUUCAUACCCUCCGGUUUUUCUUUUCUCAUUUUGAAUAACCCGACAGGUCUGAUUGUCAGAUACUCCGGCUGCUGAUGUGCGUGACAAUCCACCAUUAACAUAGAAAAUAUGAGUGGGGUAGAGUGUGUGUGUGUGUGUGUGUGUGUGCAGCUCUUUCUCUGCCAUUCAUAAUAGAUUCAUUUAGUAGCUUAGAUCUUGUCAGCCUCAGACUCCCUCCUUUAUGUCACUCAGUGUGUGUGUGUGUGUGUGCGUGUGCGUGCGCUCAUGAAUGCAUGCACAGACAUUGAUUUUGGAGAAUAGAAACGUCUCCCCUCUCACACAGGAGCAGCUCUUAUUUCUCUGCUCAGGCUCCGCUGUGUGAUAAUCAAAGAGUUUUACGACAGGCAGAGACACUGAUUGAAACGCAUGACACCAGCCAAGGCAAAACAACUCCUCUCUAAAGGUAAACACACGGAGUAAAAUUGGGGUUACAGGGUGAAGUAACAAGGAAGAGACUGUCUCAUAACAGCAGAAGCCUUGUUUUUAUUUGUAUUUUUAUUAUUAGAAGUUGAAUCCACAUUAUUCUCCUCGUAUUUCAUUUGGAGGUAGUUUCCUGGUUUCCUUCAAAUCGGACCUGGAAACUUCAGACCCCACUUGAGACAGCUUGAGCUGAAAUAACCUCAAAAACCUGGAUCAGUCCAUCUCUAGUUGCCUCUAUAGACUCUGUAAAACAUGUAGGGAGUCUCAUUGGUCUAUGAAGAAAGAACAAUGGAAGUCAUCCUUUUGGAAAUGCUGACUCCACCUUACUUUACGGGCAACUUGGAAACAGGCAACAAGGUGGAGCCGAGGCGGGCCACCAGCCUCCUGGCAAACAGCUACGUCAUGGAAGCCUGUCAGUCAACUCAGUCACACUUUUAAAAAGGCAAAUCUAUGCAGAAGUCUCACUCUCAAUAUCUUUAAAACACUUACAUAGGGCUGGGCGAUAAGGCCUCAAAUCAGUAUCACGAUAUAUUGAUCAGUUCACCUGAAUUACGAUAAAUGGAUGAUAACUACUCCAGAAGCUGCUCACUUCCUCCCACAUUAACUUCGUCUACUUCAGCCGCUACAACUUUUGAACCGUCCUCCAUCUCCUCACCUGUCUCUCCCUCUUUGUUACAGACUGGAUGGGGUGGAGUCGCGUCUCUGAUGUAGGACAGCGUCUUAAAGGGACAUGAGCCCAUAGCCUACCUACACACAUCCAAAACCAACUUUGAUUUAUUUAUUUUAUUGUCUCCAAAUACACUGAUAUGGGCAAAAUGGCGUCAGUUAUUGUCGUAAAUUUCGGUAUCUGUAAAUUUUCGGUUUAUCGCCCAGCCCUACACUUACAUGUUUCCCGCCUGUGGGACUAUUGAAGGAACAUCUUAUCUUAUGAUUUAUAAAAAUCAUCUUUUUCAGUUGUGUAUCAUCAAGAAGGAGAUAUUCAGUUACAUGUUCAGUUUUGCUUUAAAAAUGGAUGUUAGUAUGUGUUUAUUGAUGUUUAUUUCUAAGCCAUUCCCAAGAGGACCCUCAAAGACUUGCAGUUAUUCAUGAUUCAUGAUUGCUGAAAACAGACUGAGUAACUUCAGGGUUAAGUGAACCUCUCUCCUGGAUUUUCAUACUGUGAUUAAAAAGGAGUUGUGCUUAUUCCAAACAUAUAAUUCAUGUUUUUUUGAGCGCCGCAGACGUCUCCUCUUGAGUUGCUGCAGUUACAGAAAAAAAACUGAUUAAUUCUAAAUCACUGUGAUUGCUUCGUCCGGGCUGAUUGGUUGAACGUUGAUUAAAAAGCUUGUUCCUCGUUCUCUCAGAGAGCAGGAACAUUUAGUGAAGUAAGUAGCUGUGUUUUUCUACUUCAUCUCGGAUAAAUUGAUUGUUGCAUAAGCAGGCUGCCCAUACUGCCCCCCAAAAAGUAUCCCAUUGAGACCCCAGUGUGAUCAUGUGACCGUGGCUCCUUCUCACAGCAGAGAUCUGCUCUUUUCAGGCUGGAAACCCUCAGCUGUGACUAAGCAGACAAACCACUGAGCCAGCAGGCCCGUCACCCUCAGUCUGGGAUAACUAAAUGACACGCAGCAUUAAUUAGGAUAAUUAAUUACACCUGUGCUUUACCUGCUGCGAUGUCUCAUUACUCCUGCUGUGAAUACGGUCUGUUAUAAAGGCUGCUUGAUUGAAUACAUGAGCACCGUGGUGGCUGGUGAAUCAGUUGAUUUGUAUUUUUCUUUAACAGCGUAACGCCACACUCCUUUUCCACUCUUUUGUACUUUUGUGUCUUUAUGUUCUGGUCCAAAGGAUGUAGGGUAUCCAGUACUUCUAGGGCCCUGUGUGAGAGAGAUGAGGUUAAACUUUCUUUCCUUCCAGACACACAAUCGUGCAGCUUCAGAAGCACCGCUGUGGCUUAAACUGAAGCAGCAGUCGUUUUUUGCCUUUAAUAUUUGAUACAUAUUCAGCUAUUUCUGCCAGCAGUGAGGCGAGCGGAGAAGACAGCCCCCAAAAAGAGUCAAGCCCUACAUUAUUCAAUUUAAUAAUCCUGCAUGUUUUCUGCACGGCGGCGCACGGCAACUCCCUCGCAGAAGGUGAAAUAAGUGCUGUGUGUCGUCGUCGUCGUGUGUUUGUGCGCGGAUGUUUGUGGGAGAUUAAUUGGUGUAAGCGUGGGCAGGAGGAGAGACACAGACAGCAUGUGUGCAUCAACGCAAACUUCUCAGAACAUCAGCGUGAAAUCAUCUGCGCGGGGUUGCAGUGUCUGUGUCUCCUCUCCCGUCCCCAUCAAUACACCUCUUCUUUCAUCUUUCUCUCUCUCUCCUCCAUUUGUUUUUUUUUUCUCUCCUCUAUCACCUCCUCUUUGCACCGGUGCCUUUGUGCUUCCUGCUGUUAGAUCUCCUUUUGUCCUCCGUGCACUCUCCUCCUCCUCCGUUGUCUCACCUCUCGCCCCUUGAGAGUGGCAGGUGAGCUGUAAUGAUUGUGGCGCUGUGGUUAAAAGAGCAGCAGCAGCAGGUGUAAAUGGUUUCUGCCUUGACUGCUUUAACAGCUGACUGAUUGCCGAGCUUUUGCAGAGCGCUAAGUUUCUGCCGUGAGUUGAAGAGAGUCAUAAUGCAGCCAUGGUUACCAAAACAACAUCGUAUGUGCUGUUUUUUAAUAGAUCUUGGCUGAAUUUGGUUAUUUUCACCAAUAAGAAUGAGCCUCAUCCCAUAUGGCAGACGUCUGAUACAGAUUUGUAAACAAACCGAGCAAAUCUAAUCCUAGUUUUCUCCAGAGUUAGUGUUUUCUGAUUGAUAUCAUCUGUUCUGUUUGUUUGGAAUCGUCUUAACACUUUAAUAAAGCAAACACAAGAAGGCAGAAAAGAAGAAAAUCACAUGCAUUCAGUCUUAAGGAUCUCCCAUGUGGCUUUGACAGCCAUCAGAAGACCGCAUACCGUGAAAAAGAGGAAGUAAAACUCAGAGAUAGGAAAUUUAAUUAACAUAUUUAAUCACCAAGUUUUAUACGUCGGCUGCCUUUGAGAGUUUGUGUGUGUGAGCGCGAGUGUGUGUACGGAUUUAAAUCAAGACAAGAAAGUCUACCUUCAGGGGAUUUCUUUUUUUCCCCUUCUCCCAAACCUGUCAGCUACUUGUUGCCAUGGCAGCGUAAUUUCAGAAGAGUUACUCUGUUUUUUUUUGCAUAUGCGUCUGUAAGUGUGUCUCGUGACGGUGAGUGAAGCAGGGGCCAGAUGUGGUCAUGGACACACUGACAACCACCCUGUCAUUUCCCCCAGCACGCACACACACUCUCACACACUCUCACACAUACACACUGAAGAUACUCACACUUUUACACAAAAUAUAGGUCACCAUGUAAAUGUGCUAGCUCUUUCCCUCUAGCUCAGUUCCAGAUGACUGAAUUUAUGCCUACAUCUCUAAUUUGCAGGCAACAUGGGACCGGCAUCUCUUGGCAUGAAGGCAGCGAAGUGUAAUUCCCCAAAAAAGACAAACUUUUGAUUAACUUGAAUCUGUAGCGACACAUACUGCAUAAAAAUAUCGAGUAUACAGUUUCUGGUUUCUCUUUUGAGAAAGUCUGAGUAUUAUUGAUCAGUUAUGUAACAGCAGCAGCAGACUGUAUGGAGAGCAAAAGCAGGCGGAAAGCAAAAUUUGAACUUCAGUAACCUCAUCAUGAUUCAUUUAUAUCUAUGAACUGGUGCAUGCAAGUGCAGCAAACAGUCUGUUCUCAAUCAAACAUUUCAACAUACUCAAUAAAUGUGUUUGACCCUUCAUAAUAAAAGCCAUUCUGCAUUAAAUUUUCAGACUUAUUUUGGAGUUCCUUCUCCUAAAGCGAGCCUGGGUGAGUCCGUUACAUGACCCACAACUCAAGAUCCACCAGAAACUGAUAUAUUUUGCAGACAUAUCUAGACUCUUGAUGUAAACAUGUAAACAAGAAAGUCUUUUAAAUGCUAACCACUGGCUGCACUAAAAUGCAAGCAAAAUUGUCCAUUCUUCCAUGAUGCUUCUGUACUGUAUAUAAACUGUCGUCCCGUCGCUUCUGAGAUUGACUCAUAUUUUAUCAUCUUCCUGCUUGAACAAACUGCACAGGCUCAGUGUUGUUGAUGUGUGCAGUACAGUGAAGAAAACAAUUUUAAUACAAACAUGAUUGACAGCUUAGAAGUUUGUCCUCUUUGUUUGACUUUAAUAUUGACAAGAAACAUGGCAGUACGGCACACUCAAAGUUUUGGACUGUUGUGACUUUAUCAGGACAUGAUACAGGACUGCUGCAGUUUGACGAUGACUCAAGGCUAGGUGUUCGAUUUCAGGGCUGACCUCUCCAGAUCUAGAAAAUACAACUAAGAAUAAUAAUCCUGGAAUCUUGUAGCUGUGUUUAAUGACUAUUCUGUUCACAAAUUCGUUUAGUGUGUUUUUUUUUUAUUAUUGUAAAUAAAUGAAGGUCAGAGUUUUCAUAGACAGUGAACUAAACAUUUUCACCUCAGCGCUCAGUCAGCUUAUUCCUAUUUCUACAUGUAACAGAUGAAACUGAUUCAGUUGAACUCCGUCUGUCUCUCACAUCCACACAUAAACACACACUUGUAUGACACACAACACUAGGAAUGUAAAGCCGAUACCUGUUAAGUCAUGUGUGACCCGUUACCGUUGAACCAUCUGCUCUGCCCUCAUUAGACCCUUUGUCUCUACUGUAUACUGUAAACCACACACAACAACACAGUCUAGUGACACAGCGCUGAAGAAGACGGCAGCGUGCUGACUGUUUAUAACACUUUGUAAACAUCUCUACAUUUACGCUGCAUUUAUAAGGCUUUAUGACUGUGAUUAUAAGAGGUUGGUUUUAAACAGGCGACAGUGUGAUUUUAAGAAGUGUGCAGCAACCCACCGUAUCAUUCAUUUACUACAAGUUUGAGAGAAUUCUCUAAGGCUGUAAAACCCUAGUCUGGUCGACUUAUUGGUUGAUACGUGCUGAGUCGUACUAAAGAGGAUUAGGGCCUCAUGAAGAAGGAAGAAGACUAAAGUCGAAAUUUUGGGUUUAAAAAAAAGAAAUUACAUCAAUAAAGUCAAAUUUCAAGAUUAGAAUUUGAAAUUUCUAAAUUAAAGUCAAAAUUUGGAGAUUAGAAAAUGUUGAAAUUUCAUGAAUAAUGUCAAAAUUUCAAGAUUAAAAAAAUACAAAUUUCGAGAGUAAAAAAAAAAAAGUGAUUCAUGUUGACAUGAAUAAAGUCGACAUUUUAAGUUUUUUAGAUUUCGACUUUUUUUCUCUUAUUUGGUUGACUUUCAUAAAGGCAACACCCUGUCUCAGAACACCCCUCCUUGUUUUCACCAUUUUGGAUUUGCCCAACCCGCUGGAGACCGACUGGAGGCCAUCUUUUUUUUUGUAGGACAGUAAGGGAAAGUCCCGUCUCCUUUGCCUCUGAUUGGCUAGAAGUGCUGGGCUCUUCUUGGAUUGGUUAUUCUUAUGGCUGUAAAAGGAUUAGUGUUAGGAGAUUCAGAAGUGCGAUAAUGUUCUGUAAUGUUCUGUUCGAUGUACAGAGCCGACAGCCUGCGUUGGGCUUGAGCGUGUGAUGACGUUUCUAGCUUUUCUAGCCAAUCAGAGGCGAAGGAGGCGGGACUUUCCCCUACCAUCCUCCAAAAAAAAUUGCAUCCUGUGGUUUGUCGAAUAUUUAUUUUAUAAUAUGUAUUUUAUAUUUUAUGUAUACUGAGAUCAGUAUAUUUUCACCCCGCCAUGUUGCGCUCUGUCGAGUCGGCUCCGCACGUUGCGACUCGGCGUUCCCCCUCCCCCAUUAGUCGAUUUUUGGUUGAAUAUUCCUUUGGUUGAUUACAGUCCUAGAACGCUCCUUUUUGACUGAAAAUGGUGUUUGAAUAACAGUUUAACUCGUCACUUAUUAAACUGUAUUAUACAUUACGCCAUCGUCUCAACUCAUAAAUAUUAGUCAGCAUAAAAAAUGCAGCCAAAGAGCCUUUUUCUCUUCUCCUACUAUUCCCUGAAUACGACUGGACGAACUGACUCUGUAUUAAGAGUGGUUGAAUGGUUGCACAGGACAUGAACAUCUUCAGCCAUGCAAAGACCGCUCAUCCCUGCACACAAAUGUACACAGCAGGUCUGAGUGUGCACACAGGUAACUAAGACACACGUGAAUGAAUAAUCUGCACCCACGCGCCAACUCUGCAUGUUAAUAGAAGUGGAGGUACUUUGAAUAUACAGUCAAAAAAAUGAAUAAAGCAUAGACACAUGCCGGUAGAUGAUAGUGUGACAUGCACUCAUGAAUAAAUCCCCAGAAAUACAAAUGCGCACCUCGCUGCAUCUCUUAAAUCUGACAGAAAACUCAAGACACGUGCUCAUAAAUAUAUAAAUCUGCAGUAAAUUUGAGUCAGAGCUCAGAACAUUUGGCUAAUUUAUUGUCUUAAAGAACGACACAGAGUUAAGACAUGUCACCCUUGUUUGCCCUACGAUGCUGUUAUUUUUUUUUCCCCGUCUUAACGCUCCGUACUCGCUUUCAAAUUAUUCACGUAAGAAGUACAGCUGUCGACACACAAACACACAUCUACAGCACUUCAAACGUUUAAGCAGAACCCAUGCUGCGCACCCCCUAAAAAAUCAAUUCAGAAGACACAUGUGCUCUGAAUAUAAUACACACAGCCAGGCUUUUGCAAUCCGCGCUCACACUUCUAUUUAGCCGCAGGAGAAAGAGCAAUCUGAGAGCAACCAAUCAGGUCCAUCAUCCACCUGUGAUAGAGCAGAAGUUACUUUGUUUGUUUGCAAGAAAUUGUCUUUUGAUUGACAUGCAAACGCACUCACUCCUAGUCAUUUAGAGUGACCAAUUAACCUGGAGUGCAUGUCUUUGAAACCCACUCAUGCAAACUCCACACGGACGGGAAAAAUAACGCUUACCGCUGCACCACGGCCUCAUUUCCCUGCAGAAUUUCACGGUAUGCCGUAUAAUUGCCAAUCGAUCAGGUGGUGGAGGUGUUUAAUUAUAGCAUUUAGUCAUAUUUCCUGUGGUUAUACAAUUUUCAUACAACAUUUAAACUGCACAACAACCUCAGCAAAACUCUGGGUCGGUAGUUCUUGAAUAACUUUGUCUGCUUUUCUUUCUCCAUGCAGGUGCCCUUAAUCAGCGCAACUGGGGUAAGAAAUUCCCGUCCUGCAACAGCGCCCGACAGUCGCCUGUGGACAUCGACGAGACCUUCACCCAGGUCAGACUGCAGUACCAGAAUCUACAGCUGGAAGGCUGGGACAGACUCACAGCUGAGUCCAGCACCAUCCACAACAAUGGGAAGACCGGUACGCCAAUCUUUAUCCCCCUUUGUCCUGUGUGUGUGUUUGUGUUUUAAAAAUCCAAGUUUGGACUGUCACCUAUCAUCCUUCUCGAGGAAGCAAUCUUUUCAUCGUCAUCUAGCAAGAAAUCAAAUCACAUGCUACUCUGCUUGUGUUCAAAGAGAAGUGACUUCUCUUUUCCUCUGCUUCAAUCCAAGAGAGGCUGAAAGAUAAAAUAUACAGCAGAGCCAAUCUGUGGAGAUGAUUAUGACAUUAUUCUGGAGCAGUGAGACAUGACUUCUGAAUCUGUAGAUGUAGAAAGAAAACAUUCUCAUCGUAGAGGUUAAUGAGAGAAAGGAGAAACAAGGACUUAAGGGAAAGUGUCAGACGAUGAAGAUGAGAGAGAGAGACCAAGUAAUUGAGAGAGAGGCAGCAGCUCUGAGACAUCAUGUGGAGGGAGGAAGGAGAUCGAUGUGAAGAGGCAGAGAUGAAACUCAGAGACAGAAAAGACCAAGAGGUAAAAAUGUAUAUAUGGAGAAGGAGAGCGAGCGAACUGAGCAGAGAAACGAGGACGAUGUGAGACAGUGAGAGGGAGAGCAGCGGGCCGAGCGAUGUCUGCACUGAUAAACAAAUGAAAGCUGUCUGAGCUAUCAUCUCCAUCUCUCUGACACUGAUGUGUGAGAGAGUGUGUGUGAGUUUGUGUCGCUUCAUAUGUGUGUAUGUGUUUCUUCUAUAUGUUAAUGGUCCGGGGUUUAAUCCUCUUUUUUUCUUUGUGAAGUCAGAGAGGAAAUUGCAUUUUAAACACGUGCCGCAUAGCUGUCAUGAUAUGGGAGAACUAUAUUUUCAGCUAAACUGUGACGAGUCCCGCACCAAAGCAAAAUCAAGUCACGCAUUAAAAGAUAAAGGGUUAAAAACAGAAAAAUGACAUUGACAUAAACCUUUUUUAAAUUAAAGCUGCUGUUUUAAUAUGUGAGGUUAAUAACAGAUGUUUAAUGUAAAUCUGCUUAUCGAUUUAUAGCAGAGAAUUUUCGUCUGACACUGCCGCCCCCUCCCCUUAAAGAGACAUUAAACGUCAUUUUUUAAGACCUGAAUUUAUCGCUGCUGUAAUUGCUGUUCAUCCACACAUUAAAGAAGCUCUUUACACCUAAUGUAUGCAACCUGCACAGCUCCUAACAGCAGACACAAAAUGUUAGCAGCUUUAGCUGUUAUGAUAUCAGACUUUCACCUCAUGAUCGGAUGUGUAAACAGAGUAAAACCUUCACAAAGAUACUCCUAAAAGAGUUAUCGAUAUCAGACAGUGACACUUAGAGCUUGUGUUAAGGAUGAUCUGUGACGUGACUGGUGGCUUUAAAUGUCACCGCUCCUCCAAAAAAUGCCUAACUUGACUUGAACUUAAAGGGAUAUUCCUGCAUAAAUUUAAUUUAUGGUCAAACACACCGUAACACCAAGUUAGACACCCCCUUGAGAGAUGAAUGUUGCCGACUGCUUGCUUCUGAAGUUAUACCAACUUUAGUGACGACCACUUGUUUGUGGGGAAGAACUGACAAGUCGAUCACUGAGUGCAGCGGAGUUUCGCAGCUCAAGGAAGAACAUUUACGAUUAUUACUUCAUGGAAAUGCAAUCAGAGUUCUUGUGUAUCUUGUAUGUGCACUGCAGACACGGUAGUUCUUCUGCCUUAGUGUCUCGGUCUGAUUGCAUUUCCAUGAGGUAAUAAUCCAGGCAAAGCUAAAAAGGUGUUUGAUGGCUACUACUGUGGCGGGGACCUUAUUUGUCCUGUUGAUGAAGUUAGGUGCUGUUCUGAGCAUUAUUUUUGGCGUUUUGGUUGAGGUUUGUGCGUGGCUCUCUGUUUUGCUAUUGUGCAGUCGUUACUAAAGUUGGUAUAACUAGAGAAGCAAGCGUUCAGCAACAUUCAUCCCUCGAUGGGGUGUCUAACUCAGCGUUUCGGUGUGUUUGACCAUAACUUAAAUUUACGCCGGAAUAUCCCUUUAAAUUUGGUUACCAUUUAUGCGACAAGAAGGGGAGUUUUAAAACUUUAAAUCUUUGGUGCAAACUGAAUAAAAGCUCUAGAGCCUCAUUAGGCUUCAUCCAGUCAUCACUAAUUAUUGUGAACAAGAACACCUAUUUGCCAUCAAAAGUAAUGACCUGUAAUUUUUACCUGCCACGGCCCGCAGUUACCCUGUAAUUUACCAGAGACUGGUCUCAGAGUAAUUACCUGGUUUUUAAUGUAAAUUAUCCCUUAAAGUGGCAACAGACAAGAAUAUUUUUAACUAAAGCUUCAGGGCAAAAAGAUCUGAAAGUCAGAGACUGUAGGUAGUCACCAUCAUACGUGGAUCAAGACCUUUGUAAGGAGAAAGUUUGAGUUUUUUAAACAUUGAACCAUCUGUGUGUCGUGUGUCAGUUUUUAAUAAUCUAUCAGGUUCUGUAACUUUGAAGAAACAGAUCAAUUAUAGUUUUUGCUGUAUGUGUGAAAAGGAUGGUCUGAAUGGAGGUUAAGCUCGUGUGCAUGCUUGUUUUUAGUGGCCAUCAACGUUGAAGGGGACUUCUUUGUGAGCGGAGGAGGACUGAGCUCCAGGUUCCAGGUUGGAAGAGUGAACUUCCACUGGGGGCGCUGCAAUGCAACGUCAGAGGGGUCUGAACACAGCCUGAACGGGAUGAAGUAUCCUCUGGAGGUACAGAAACACACAACAUCGAGUUUUCUGUACUUUUAACACAACUGUCUCCUAAUAAAGUCCACAAACUAACCCCCUCUUUCAUGCCCUUUCAUUCAGAUGCAGAUCUACAGCUUCGAUCCAGAUGAUUAUCAAAGUCUGGAUAUUGCCAUCAAAGAAGGAGGGAGGAUUGCGGCCCUGGCUGUGCUCUUCGAGGUGGGUUUGACCUGUCGAAACGUGCUCCAGAGUUCAAGAUCAGCCUGUUCCCCUGAAAAUGAAGUUAAAUUAAAUAAAAGCGAAUUCUUCCUCGUUGAUAAAUUCUACUCAAGAAGUUUCUGUUCUUCCUCGCAGAUCAUCCUGGAGGACAAUGAGAAUUACACUCCUGUUAUAGAAGCUCUCGACACCGUCAGCAGGUUUGGUAGGUCCACUCAGAAAUGAAAAAUUCUCCUUAAAUAGUAACAGCCUGUUAUAUUUGUGAAAUAUGUGCGUGGUACCAGCAGAAUAGACGUCUUCUGAUGUGUCUCUUUCUUCUCACCAGGUAAGAGCGGGUCUCUGGAGGGUUUCACCUUGAGGUCCCUGCUGCCCAAUAACACGGAUAAAUACUACAUCUACAACGGCUCACUGACCGCACCUCCCUGCUCUGAAACGGUGGAGUGGAUCGUCUUUAAAAACACGGUGGCCAUAUCAGAAACACAGGUCGGUGACGCCAACACACAUCCAAACAAACACUUGGAUUUUAUCGUAGACACGUGUGAAAGUUCAUGAAAUCAGCGUGCGUCCCUCUCUGCCCGCGAACAGCCAUCGAGGAUUGUAUUAGGAGGUGUGGAUAAGUGCUUCCUGUGGGCAGAGAAGGACGGGGAGGGAUGGAGAGAUUGAUGCUAUUAUGAGUGAAGUGAAGUCUAAGGUUUUAUUUUCUCCUGUGCGUGGUGGUGCGACGGUCGCCUCGGUAACACAACUGGUGCGCUCUGUAGCAGCCUGAGUCGCUGCAUGGGCUUCAUUAUAAACUACCUCCUGCAGAGUUCUACCCCUGUCAUUUAUGAAGAGAUUCAGCCUCUACAGAAGAUAUAUGUACGUUUUUUUUACAGGUGUCUGCACAUUACAGACCAUAAUAUGAAUUAAAGUGUUCCUCAUUCACAAAACAGGGAGUCAGAAGAAGGCGUAGCUUUUGUCAGGACCUACUAAAAUAUUGAUGAGUUCUUGAAUGUGCCCAAAUUUCCUCCUGCAGACAGCUCACAUGCUCACCUUUUAUUAAUGAGACCUGCUCACAUUGAGAAAAAGACUCUUAAAUUAACCGCAGAUAUAACCACUGAAUUAAUGUUGCAUCGUGUCUUUUUAAGUGUUUUUCGGGUCGUGCUGAGUCUUAAAAACAUCAAUCUAAGUCGACUCUCUGUGAAAACAUGACAUUUAAAAAAAGUGGCACAACAUCUACGGUAAAUUUAACAUCGUUUUUGCAUGUCUGGUUGUAGUCUCUGCCCAGUUUGAGGUCAGUUGUCUUUGACAUCUGUGCCUGGCAUGAAAAGAAAAGUCACUCCGGAGUGAUACAACGUGACAGCCUCGGACCAAAUGUUCAAAAGCAGAGUGGGGUUUCUGUAGUGGCAUGAUCUGGUGAAAGCGAAAAAAAAAGGCCCGUCAUGCAGAGACGCCUGAAGCCGACACUCUAACAUCGCUGCAGAGCCGUUUAAGGACCUCAGAGGAACGGCGCCUUCGAGUGAAAUCAUCUGUGUGAUGAUCAUUAAUUAUGUAGCCGAAUAAUGGAGAGAGAAUGAGGUCAUGAAAGCGCUUGUGUGUUUGUUCCAUGUGCGAGUGUGUGUGUUUGUGUUUGGCGAUGCUGCAUGAUUGAAACUGGGGUGGCAAGGCAUGACAUGGGCACACAGUGGUGGACCAAAAAUAGAGCAGUGCCAUCUCUGUGCCUCCGCCUGGUACAAACACAAUCCCCUCAGACAAGAACACAAACAGGCAGCAGCAUGAGGUUUUAUUUUCGCUGCUUUAGGGGAAAAAAAGAAGGUUUGACUUAUUUCUGCUGUUUCAGUCUCUCCUAACCUCCUCUCUCUUCUCUUCUUUUCUCUCUGUCUGUCCAUCUUCUGCACAGCUGGAGGCCUUUUGUGAGGUGAUGACGAUGGAGCAGGCGGGAUACGUGAUGCUGACAGAUUACCUGCAGAACAACUUCAGGGAGCAGCAGCAGCAGUUUAUGGGUCAGGUGUUCGCCUCGUAUACCGGCGUGGAGGACGUGCAGACGCCGAGUAUGUCCUCACACCAAGUUUGCUCCUUUUAUUAAAAAGCUUGCACCUCAAUGUCUUCCAACUACGGGAAACCUUACUGUAGAGGAAGAUGCUGGAAUAUCUGAAUGAUUGAGCAACGAUUAAACCUCAGUGUUUGAUCAUUUUUCAUCUUUAUUUGUCAAAGACCAACUUCAGGAUAGGGCUGGGCGAUCAACCAAAAAUUUACUGAUGCCGAAAUUUAUGACAAUAACCAAUGUCAUUUUGCCCAUAUCAGUAUAUUCGGUGUCAAAUAAAUAAAGAAAUAGAUAAAAGUUGGUUUUAGAUGUGUGUAGGUGGGCUAUGGUCUCAUGUCCCUUUACUCAAUAUAUCAUGAUAUUGAUUUGAGGCCAUAUUGCCCAGCCCUAUGUCAACAUUUACCUUAAUAUUGUAUUCAACAACUUUUAAAAAGCUCCGAGCAGAAAAUUCAAAUAUUUCUCAACAGGAAACUUCAAAUAGGAAAGCACCAUCACUGGAGUAACUUUAAAAAGGCUGAUAGUUAAAGAGCCACUCCCAGUAUAAUAACAUCCGGAUGGGAAAUUGCCAUGGUCAGGACUAGGAGUGUGAUUUUUGUCGAUUAUUGUUACAGAGACUUAGAUCUAGACCUCAUCACAGUCCUUUAAUUUGUGUUUUUGUACAUUUAAACCCCUUAAUUAAAGGGACUGGUCUUUAAUUGGUGUGUUUGACCAACCAACGUACACACGUGUGUCUGGUCCAAUGAUUCAUCCUGUUUCCAGAUUCUAAAAAGUCUCUACAGAUGUGUUUUUUAGUUUUUACAGUAGGAAAGAAAUUAAAGGGAUUCUUCCUCGUAUAAAGGUGGUGGUUAUUUAUCUGUUCCUUUGUUUUUUAUUGUGCUCCAGUAUUUUUCCACCCAGGCUGUAGCACAUAUCUCAAGUCCAUGUACUUAAACAGAAGCCUCCUUAAGAAACCAGAUUUGCAUCUCCUCUAAAAUGCUGCAACGCUUCAAAACAACACAGACCUCGGGCUUUAAGAUUGGUCUGCUUGGUGGUGGGCAUUUUCAGUAUCACAGCCACCACCCCCCCCCCAUCCUCUUCCUCACAUGCGGUCUCUUUCAGUGCCCGUGAUCAAAGACACAGCUGAAACCAACGAGGGCUGGGAUCACAACCGUAGGAGAGGAAAAACCAGGACCAGGGAAGAGAGUGACGAUAUAGAAAGAAACGAUAAACAUCAGAGCGAACUCAUGUUUAAUUUUUCCUGUUUUAAUUUUUUCAUCAAAGAUUCAAGAUUUUGAUGAUGCACAUACGUCUGUCCGUUGAAGAAAUUCACCUGCUCAGUUCACUAAGUCGGCUUGGACAGAAAAUGACUCGGGUAUUGAUCCACUGUCCUGUUAACUCUGCAGAGGAAUACUCUAAAAAAUCUCCCCUAUUAGACUCUGAAGACCUGAACCCAAAUAUAAAUCUUUCCAUUUACCUGAUUGAAACUAAAUCUCAGUCAGCAUGAAGGUAAAACUAAACCCUCCCCUCAGGAAUCAAUGCAAACGUUGAAUUAUUAAUCUUAUUUUGGUCCAUGUCUGAAAACAUUUCCAAUCCCCUGCUUCCUCUCCAGCUAAAAGUCUGUCCUCCAAAGUCAGCCAUGCCAUGAUCAUCAAAAGAGAUAAUUCAGGGCGCUCUCUCUCCAUCUUCAUAAAGUCGACCCUCCAGUAAAGAGGAUCUUUGGGGGUGCCAGAGAGCUCGACUUUGUACUGCAGUGCCCCGGCUCCUCUCAGCGCUGGCAAUUUAUUUUGCAGCUCUUUUUGAAAUUGGAAAAGUGUUCAGAAAUUCACAGAAGAGUCUUUUUGCCUGUAACAGAUUUAUGCAUUCACCUCGCCUCUUCAUCAGAGUGAAUUUUUGAGUCUGGUCCAUUAACAUCAAAUUAGCACAAACCUUUUCUCGUUUGAUGUGACCAUUUUCACUUUCUUCAAAACCAUCCGCGUGAACGUCUCUCCUUCUGUCUGUCUUCUUCAGCCUGCAGCUCGGAGCCGCAGAACGUCCAGGCGGACGCUCAGAACGACACGACCAUCGUGGUGACGUGGGAGCGUCCCCGUGUGGUUUAUGACACCACCAUCGACUGGUACACGGUCACCUAUCAGAGGCUGCAGGGCAAAGACCAGAACAAGCAGGAGUACAGGACUGACGGGGACCAGGACGUGGUAUGGGGAUGGAGACUUUCACUCUUGUUUCUGUUACAACGCCGCGGGUUUAGGGGAAAAGGGAAGCAACAUAAGGCAACAAAGGAGUUGAUGGCAAACAACGAAACCACGGCAACAAGCAAAGCAGGAGGCAGCUAGAAAGAAGAGAUAUCAUCCAAAAGCGAUUAGGAGGUCAGCGGGAGGCACCAAAUCAGCGAAUAAUCAAAACCAAAACUCUUACCUAUCUAGCAGACCCUUACCAAUCAAAAUAACCCGCUUAAAGGUGGUGUAGUCAGGAUCUGAGGAAGUGCCAGUUUUUGGGAGAAAUCUUGAAUGUAAACUCUACCCCUCCGACCAGUUUUCCCCUCAGCUCCUCCUCUCCCCUCCCUCUCUGCUCCAUCAAGCCCCGCCCACAAACAGACGCUCCUCCUCGCUCGUAUAGUUCCAAUUAAAUUCAGAUAUAAUGCAGAUAAAUACUUCAGAUAAAUACUAAAACCACAAAAACUAAACUGAACACCUAGUGCCCAGUGAAAAAUCCCCCCAAUCCCAAACGAGUCUCACAGUUUAUCCAGGUAACAAUAUAACGAGAAAAAAAAGAUGCUACCUCACACCAAACAGCCACAAGACACAAAAAGCCAAAUCUAACUCAGCUGCCUCUCCCCCGACGGUUUUUCUGCUACUCUUAUCAUUUCUGUCGUGGCGGUUUGGCAGAUGGCGACGGUGAAUGGGGAAAAGCCACCAAUCUGUAUGUCAGCAACAAAAAUCCUCCAUCCCCCGGGUAACUCAACAGGAGAAAAGGAGAACACACACACAAGAUAAAACCCGACAUACAUAGGGAACUGUAACAGCAACAUUUCUGUCAGUCCACGCAGGUCCAUUCGACUUUAGAGGAGAUCAGAGUUAGAAACUGGCAGCUCCUGCAGCAAACAUUAGAGCAGUAUUUGUUCUGUCACUCUCCCAUUGAUCAAAGUGAUUGAUUGAUUAGUUGUGACGAUCAAUCUUGGCCUCUUAUCGGGUCACUGAGCACCCUUUAAUGUGACAAACAGAAUGUCUGUGUUCGUCGAAGUCGGCCUCUCAAAUGUGUGACGAUAAUUCAGACUCAGGACGAACAGAGAUGAAAUCAGCUGUUGUGUUCAGUGUUUUUAGACUGAAAACAACAUCUUUUUCAUUGUUACAACGAAGUUAAACAUCUUAUUUAAAACAAAACAGACUUUUUUUUCAUUAUUCCAAGAUGUGCAGACAUCCUUAGAGAUUCACUUAAAUCUGUGUGACGUUAAUCUCAUACAUUUGGGAGCUCUUUAAACUGCAGAUUUUUGCAUUAGGGAUAACCUUUGAAGUUUGGGAACGAAAUGAUUGAAACGCUUGAAGGAUUUUAUUUCUCAAAGGUUGGAAAAAAAAGUUCUAAAGAAGCUCAAAAUGAUGGAAAUCUAACAGCAAAUGAUUUCCUCUAAAGCCUCAUUGAGAAAAGUGUCUCCUCCAGAGUGAGUCCACAGUCAGGAGCGGUUGAUCCUCCUCUUAAAACAAGCUCCUCUUUUAUAUAAUUAAUAGCUUUAAAUAAUUAGAAGCAGAAGGGCCGGUGUUGAUGAAUGGGCACUAGAGCUCAUCUGACAGGGUUGGAGCAGAAACAGCUUCAGAAGUAGACUGUAUACGAGGGGUGGACGUGGCCGCUUGAUUAAAAAGUGAAGCUCAUAAUGUGGAGGAGCUUUAAAGACGCGGUUUUAUAAUGAACAGAGAGCAGUGGUGAGGCUGAUAGAGGAGAGAAGAAGGUUUUCUUAUAGGAGAAGGUGAUCAAAUGUUCCUGUUACUCUGAUAAAUUAAUAUUUUCUGUGUGUUUUGGUUUAGCUGAUAGGUUUCGUAUCUCAUUCAUUAUAACAUAUGUUUUAUUUAUCAAAUUAUAGUCAAAACUGGUCGUGAAUUGUAAUUUCAUCACUUUUGGAUUAGAUUAGUUUAGUCUGAGAUUUGACUUGAAUUAUUGCAGCUUGUUUGACAACAAAGAAUUCAUCUUUUUGACAUAAAUUCCCUAUUUUGGGAAAUAAUCAUUCGAAUGUAGCGAAUCUCAGAAGUCUUGACUUAUAACAACAAAUAGUCAAAUGUAAUUAACGUAAACAUGACGUGUUUUCUGACCUGUACACUGAAGGCUCUGCUCUUACAGCUUCACUGUGAAAUCAUUUUGAGUCAAUCAGACGAGGCUCAAGCCAGUUAUCAGCUCCUCUCAGAUCAUUUGGUGCAACUUUAAUCCAUCCAUCCAUCCAUCCAUCCAUCCAUCCAUCCAUCCAUCCAUCCAUCCAUCCAUCCAUCCAUCCAUCCAUCCAUCCAUCCAUCCAUCCAUCCAUCCAUCCAUCCAUCCAUCCAUCCAUCCAUCCAUUGUCUUUACCGCUUAUCCCGCUCUAGGUCGUCUGUCCUAGCUUUCAUUAAGAUAAAAAAAUCUGUUUCUGCAACUUUAACAAUUCUGAACUCUUGACAGUUCAACACUUUUGUAAUACUGAAUGACAUUCACACACAACAUCAUAUUCUUCUAACAGGAUUUUCUUUAGGGGGUGGCUGCCUGUGAUUUAAAGUGGCCAUGAUACUGUCAAGAUAUGUUUUUAUUAUAGGGGGUGGACCGUUUAUUGGCUUCGAUUGAUUACCAGGGCUGAUAGUUGGCCUUCAGUUUUUUAUUCUACCAAUGCCUGUUAAGAUUAGAUUCGUAAAAAGUGUGUUAUUGCUCUGUGGGGAUUGGUCAGACGUCACAUCGACUCUGUGAUGAAACUUCUCUCUAACUGUAAACUCCUGAAUAUGAAGUUGUUUCAGUUUCAUCUAAUCAGUUGUUUUAAGACGUUUCGACAAAGUUCUGUCGGAAUUUUUUGAUUUUUAAUCAAAACAUACAUCAGUCUCACAAACUAGAAAACCCAAACCAAUCGACCCCUAAAGAACUGAAUACAACACUUCCAAACUUGAUAGUGAAAUAAUUUUCUUAUAUUCAAUAAUCAUGACUCAUGUGACUGUCUCCAGGGUGCCAUCAUCCCCAGUCUGCUGGCCAACAGCAGCUACGUGGUUCAGGUCGUCGCUAUCUGCACCAACGGACUCCGAGGACGAUGGAGUGACCAGAUCAUAGUGGACAUGCCGUUAGAGGAUCCUGGUACCAACACACACACACACACACACCAAAACCUCAACAAAGUACAAACUCAUAUUUGUUCUGCUGUAUUUCUGAGUAAGUGUUCAAAUAUUUCCUUUUUCGUUCUGUAGAAAAUGAUUCAGAUCAGGAUCCCGUCACGAAAGAUUUGGGGGCAAACAAGGAGGUAAGACCGACUGCGGACCUGCUGCCGCUCCGCCUGGUGUUAGUCUGUGUUUUGCAUGUACUCAGUCAUAUCAGUGCAACAUAAUUAGUAUGCAAAUUAUUGCAAUUAUGUCAGUCGAGUCUCGUCAGUGAGUGUUUUGAGAGCGGUACAAAAGGUUGUGGGAGACCUUCCAGCGUGUUUAAAGGAGAUUAAAGAAGAUGGUCAUGCUUCCAUGUUUCCCUCCCUGAGAGAAUAAGAACAGCCUGUGAUCCCGCACACUGAAUUCAAAGAGGCUCCUCCAUGUUUUAUUAUCAUUUAAUCUGAAUAUUGAAGAAGUAAACAACACGCAGCAGAACUGUGUGUUUGGCUGGAAAUGUUCUAUCAGGAAGAAACUUAAUCAGGGCGGAAAAGGCAAUGUUUUGGACUCUGUAUUUCACGUUUCCAGGCGGUUUUCUUGUUGGAAAUUCAGCCUUUUUUGUCGCUCACUAAUAUUUAUAACAAGCUUUAACUUUGUGCUGAAAGUCUGAGUCUGAGUAAAUUAAAGCUACAGUGAGGAGAUUUCAGCUGGUUAUGAAACAGACUGAGCUUCAUUUUGGAUGACUGGAUGAUUUUUUAUAAGCUCAUUUUGGAUGCCUGAAGGUAGGUGUCACAACAGGAACAGCCUCUUUCUUUUCACAAUUAUUUUUAUAAGUUUGGUCAAAGAUAUUUGUGACGACAGAGAAAAAUGUCUCCAGGUGAAAUUUCUUUAUUUUCCAUAUUUUCAACCUUGUUUUUUAAACCUGACUCUUUCUAUGAAAGAGGAUCAGGGCCACAUGAAGAGAAAAAAAUGUAAUUACAGGAAGGGAAUGAAAGUCAAAAUUUCAAGAUUAAAAAAUCUUAAUUGUGUAAAUAAAUCGAAAUUUCGAGACUACAAAAUGGAAUUUCAAGAUUAAAGUCAAAAUUUUGAGAUAAAAGUCAGAAUUUCGAGGCCACAAAAUUUCGAAAUUACAAAAUGAAAUUUCAAGAUUAAAGUCGAAAUUUUGAGAUUACAAUAUGUUGAAAUUUCAAGAUUACAAAAUGUUGAAAUUCCGAGAUUUAAAAAUGAAAUUUGGAGAUUAAAAAGCACGAAAUUUCAAGGUUACAAAAUGUCAAAAUUUCGAGGUAAAAAAAAAUUAAAUUUUGAGAUUAAAGUCAAAAUUUCGACUGUACUCACGUAAUUUCAAUUUUCUAAUCCCCAAAAUUUUGACUUUAAUGUCGAAAUGUAAUUUUUUAAGAUCGAAAUUUUGACUUUACUUUCAUAAUUUUUAUAUUUUUAAUCUUGAAAUUUUGACUUUAAUUCAACUUUUUAAAAUUUCAACUUUGAUCUCGAAAUUUUGAUCAUAAUCUCGAAAUGGAAAUAAAAAGAUCUCCCUCCUGUAAUUAUUUGUUUUUCUUCUUUUGGCCCUAAUCCUCUUCCGUCCUCUUUCUCUGUUGAUGUCUAAAGCUUAUACAGUAUUUCUUUGAGGUCUGUCCUCCUCAGUGUCUAAACCAAAACCUGUCAUUUAACAGCAGUGACAAAUAACGCUUUACUCUCUGUGUCAGGGGUCAUCCAGGGGCAGAUGGGAGAAACCAGAAAGUGAGAAUCAGCUGAAUUUUCCUCCUGAAGAUAACAGCCCCGUGGAGGAGAUCCCCCCGGAGCAGACCAAAGUUUACCAGAACCAGCCUGUUGAGAAAGUCCAAUCCAAACCAAACCUCCCUGUGGACUCUCGUUCGACCCCAAAGUCUCCCUCUGAGUCCGCCGUUCUUCAGAAAACUCGACUCAAACAGAACGGGAAAAAGAAACCCACCUCUAAGAAGUCUAAACCCGAGGAAGCGGACCAGAACUGGAUCUAUGAGGACCAGUUGAUCACGACGCUGCGGUCGUUCACUCAUUCAGGUUUUGAUAGUAACAGCGCCAUUUGGGUCACUGAUGUAACUGAGCAGCCGGGCUUCCUGUUUCCUGUUUCUCGGACAGCCACGGUGCCGACAAUCCGACGAAAAAUCACAGAGGAGGCCUCGCUGUCUGACUCCCAAAAUCCGGUAAUUUCACAGACACGGUUUUGAUCUGUCGCUGUUUGAGUUUCUUUCCUCUUUAAACCUGAUAGAACGUAAAACACGACUCUUAAACCAAUGUGACAGAAAUUCUCUACAGUCACUUUACUUCUACCUGCAGCCCACAGAUCAGGAUCUACCUGAACAAGUCGGUGAAGGUGACCUCCCUUCUUCCCAGUCGGACCCCUUAACCCCUCCUGUGGAGGACAUCCAGGUCACAGACGUCUUCUAUGAAGACUCAGACAACAACCCUCCAGAAGAAUCCAUGACCCCUCCAGGUCAGACUUCAGGAACAUGAGGGAGUUCUUGUACAUUUUCACACUCACAGGGUUCCUACACAGUUUGAAUUUCCAUACUUUUUUUAUGUUAGAGAAAAAAGUAUUUUUAAUCUGUGGUAGUAGUCUAGAAACAUAAAUAUUUUUCCAUACCUUAUUUUUCAUUUACCAAACUUUUUAAGAUCUGGAAGUUGAUGAAAUUACUUCCAUACUUUCCAUACUUGUGUAGGAACCCUGCCUUCAUAUUCACUUUAAUCAUCAUGUCUCACAGGAAUGGACAACGUCUCCCCUUCAUCCUCCGAAGACAGAGAUGCUCCCGUUAACAAACCUCUACCAGAAACCUUCACCUCCACGUCGUCGUCCGUCUGGAUCACACAGAGAGCGGUGACUGCCAGCAACACGUUGGCAGAAUCAGUCUACAAAUCCUUCACCACCUCGUCUCUGCUCAAAGUGCUGAUGCACACGACCCAGCCCAUGUUUAACGGUAAGACGGGACACCUGCUGUAGGACUCAUAUAUCAUGUGUGCUGUUAAAGAAAUCACUGCACCGCCUGUUAAAGAGGGUUAUGAGGCUGUUACAAUGGGAGUGCUGCACAACAGUAGCAUCAAACAGAUGAGGAGGCUUUUAUUUUGGCGGGUAAUCAGCUGUAUGAUUGCUUUUCUGCCCUAAUAGACCACAUCUGUUCUGCUAAACUCUGCCGUGUCUCUGUGGGGGUGCUGACGGCGAUGGGACAGAGAAACCUGCUGCUUCUGAUCACAUCUGAGGUGUUUUCUCUGUGGAUGUUUCUCUUCUUGAAUUCGCUGAAACUCGAUGUACGCUUCCUUUACUCUUGUAGCCUGUUUCCACGCCACCUGAGCUCAUAUUAAAGCUUUGAAUCCACUUAAUCUCGGUGCUUUACAUCCACUCUUGAAGCUCCUUUUCUGGGUCUUCUUCUUUUCUGUGGCUCUCUGCUGCCCUCUGGUGGUCAUUUUCUUCUGUGCUUCUUGAAAGAUGAUCAUGAAGGCGCUUCACCUGUUUGAUUUCACCAAAAACUCUCUCUUCUCAUGAGUGAAAACUCUAUCUCCAUGAGCCUCACAUCUGGGACGAUCAACUCUGACUUUCUUCUUCUCGUCUUUCUACACGUCAAACUUAUUUCAGAAGGACACAGAGUUCGAAAAAAAAGUUUCUUUUCAGACUUUUACUUUGGCUUUUCUUGCAGCAAACACGCCCACGCCUGAGGUAGAGGACUCGAGCAUCGAUCGGUCCUCUGAGUUAACAAACCCUGUAGGUGGACUGAUCCCCGUCCCUGCCAAACCUGCAGUCUCCGUCUCAGAAAGAGGACCCUCUGCUAAUGGAGAUGCAUUCAGUGUCACAUCUCGAGCACUUGAACUUUUUAAUGAACCCGCCGGCAGUUUCCGUCCUUCUGGUGCCCUCGAAGAUACAAGGAGCGGCGUUAUCAUUAAUCCUAAUCAGAAGUCCUCUGAAGAGUUCUCUCUCGGUCUGAAAAUGGAUCCUCAGACCUCUGCAGCUUUGGGUUCUUCUCAGGAUGAAUCAAUCACCGCAAAGCCUCUUUCUCCACAGCCUGAUUAUGACUCGAGUACCAUCGUCAGAUCCAAAACAAACAGAGUCAAAGAUGCUUCUCACAGUCUUGGCAAGAGGAUUCAAGAUGAUUCGAACAUCCUGCCAAGUCCCGACUUUGAAAAAGGAACCGAGACAGAUGAACACGGCUCAGACUUCUUUGAUUCUGGAAAUCUGACUCGGUUUGUUCCUGAUCAUUCAGAAGAAUCUGACGCAGACAUGUCAGCAGGAGGAAGUGGAUCAGGCUCUGGUUUUUAUAGCAGCCGGCUCAGUGAGGAGUUGAGGACUGACCUUUCUGCAAUUACUGUGGGUAAUACACUUAAAAGAGGGAGCUCCACAGGAAUUAAAACAGAUGGUGAAAAAGAGAUUAAUGCAGAAAUAUCAGAACUCAAAGUGAAGGACGAGCAGGAGACUUUUUCAGAGGACAAAACAGAGGGGGAUCAAAGUGAGCUAAGUGGUGAAGAAGAGGAAGAGAUUGAAGGCAAAGGAGCGAGCAGCAAUCGUAGUCAGAGGGUGUUGAAAGACAAAAAAGUCGGACAGUUCAGCAGCACAACAGGCCGUGACUCGCUGAGGGAGCGAGACCGAGAAACUGAAGGUGAGAUUGUUGCAGGAAACUCGGCGCACGCUGAGACCGACAGCGUGAACGAAAUCGAGUUCAACUUUCAAGUUUUCCACCAGCGAGAGGAGGAGGGAAGAAACGAGCAAGCAAAGGACGGAGAAGGAGAAGAAGUCUGGGAUUAUAACGAAGGAAGUGAACCUGAAGGUGACAGAGGCCAUGAAAGGAAAGAGAGCGACAAAGAGGCUGUACCUGGAGGAGGAGAUGAUGUCCAGUCCACUGCAGAGUCCUCGUGGUUUGAUCAGAGUCGAGGAACAAGUCUUGAUACUGAAGUUUUGUCGAGUAACUCCCUCCAGGAGAACAAAGAGGAGGGAGACCAAAGUGGAGGUGUUGUUAGUGAAGAAAUCGGUAAGAGAGGAGGUCGAGAGGACAGCGACUCGGCUGUGAUUGAAGAGAGUUUGCAGCAGGUCUUAAUUGUGGACGGGUUUUUGUUUGAUGGUGCAAGAAUUCCUGUAGUUGAACAUCUCACUCCCUCGCUCACAGCGACCUAUGAUGACGACGAGGCCUCUGAGGGGCGAAUGGAAGGUAAAUCUCACUAAGUACUCAGCUUUUUCACCUCUUUGUGACUCGAGGUGUCUGGGGUUUUUCUUUCUAUGCACCUUUCAGUUCGUACAAGGAAAAAUCCUGGAGGCUCUGAUUGGAGAACAGUUACUGCCUCCAGAUACAAACAGAUCACUUCAUCAGGGCUGCAGUUAUCGAAUAUGUUAGGACUGAAUUUUUCAGGCGAUAAGGUGCACCGGAUUAUAAGGCGCAUUGGCACAUUGGUGCAUUGAUUGGUUUAUUGUUGCCAGCGCGUACUCCGGGCUGCCUUACAUGAAUGCACUUCUAUUUUAGACAUUACAGUCAGGCAGUCUUGUAGACUGCUCAGGGGUCCUGUUACAGGGCCGAUCAGGUAGUAACACAGCGUACCAUAAGCGUUUUUCUUUUUUUUUUUUUGUUGGAUGGUAGGGGAAGGUCCCGCCCUCCUUCGCCUCUGAUUGGCUAGAAGUGCUGGGCUCCGAUUGGUUGAAAAAAUAUUGCGUACUGUAAUGCUCUGAAAAGCCAUUGAGCGGAGCGGCUUCAUUGCUUACCGAAGUCGUACUCACACAUUUUGACAGAUUUUUGAGCGCAUUGUACCACAUAAAAUCGGUCAGUAAGCACAACAAGUAGUCAUACACAAAGUGUGCUCGAUUAAAAGGUGCACUGUCAAUUUUUGAGAAAGUUUUAAGAUUUUAAGUGCGCCUUAUAGUCCGAAAAAUACAGUAGUUGAAGUCAACGAAGAAGAAACACGUUAUUAGACUAGAAUUAUACACAGAAAUAUAGUAUCUUUAUAACAUUUUGUUUACGUGAACUCAGAGAUGGUAAAUGCCCCGGCCACCCUUACUCAUGUUAACGCUGCGGUUGUGCCCCCCCCUUGCCAAAUUCUGGGCACGCCCCUGCAUGACAGAAACAGGAAACUGUUGUUUUGCACAACAAGGAAAAGAUUUUCUGUUGAUUUUUAACAAAUAAGAGGAAACUUACCCAAACUUCAACUUCUGUCCCAGGAAGUCAGUUAAAAAGUUGACUCCUGUACCAGCUGGUGAGGGCCUGAAGCCACACGAUACUAUGCAGCAAAUAUCUGAGGAUUUUUUUCCCUCUUUUUUCUUUAAUCAGGAGGCAGCAACAGCAGCCAUGAGUCCCGGGUCGGGCUGGUUGGCGGUGUGGAAAGAGAGAAGAGGACAGUCAUACCCCUGGCUGUCGUCUCCACCCUUACUAUCCUCUGUCUGCUGGUUCUGGUGGGGAUACUCAUCUACUGGAGGUACAAACACAUACACACACACACACACACACACACACACAAGCUCAGAAUCGGUCUGGAUCAGUUUGACCUGCAUACCUAAAAUUUGGUUUGUUCAUGUCGCAGAAACUGUUUCCAGACGGCGAAUUUCUACCCCGAUGACACCGCCUCACCUAAAGUCGUAUCUGUACCAUCGACACCCCUGCUGCUGGCCACGGGUAACACACACAAACACUUAGUCCUCUCACACACUGGACUCGACCGGAUUAUUGCAGCACAGAGUUAAAGUUUACUUUUUGAAUUCCAGAUGGUCACGAGCCGCUGACAGUCAAACAGUUUGUGAAACACGUCAUGGAGCUGCACACCACCAACACCUUCUCCAAAGAGUUUGAGGUGCGUGACGAGUUCAUGACCUGAAGUUUUGGAGUUAAAGAACAUAUAAGAGAAAAAGCAUUAAAUCAUGUGUAGGUCGUACAUCAUGUUUCAUAGCCCCUUAAUGCUUUUCCAUAUCUCUAUUAACAUCAUAAAUACCAUUCAGUACAGUUUUUAUGUGUUUGUUCACCAUGAUGUUUAUACUGUAAACAGAAAAUUUAAACAGAUAUGAAGGUCAUAAUCUUUGGUGGUGGUAAAUUCAUCUCGUCAGCAUUUAAAGACAUAAUGUUAAUAAAUGAUGGAUCAACUAUGGAAGCCCAGAGAGACAAAUGAAAAAAACUGUUGAUCUAUUUUUGAAAUCUCAUUUAUCUUAUCUAGGAAGGAAGGAAGGGAGAACAGAAGGGAAGAAAGGACACAAUGUAGGGGAAAAGAAGGGAAGGAAGGAUGGAAGGUAGGGAGAAGAAAAGAAGAAAGGAUGGAAGGUAGAGAGAAAGAAGGAAAGAAGGAUGGAAAAUAGGGAGAAGGAAAGAUGGAAGGUAGGUAGGGAGAAAGAAGUGAAGAAGGAUGGAAAAUAGGGAGAAGAAAAGAAGGAAGAAUGGAAGGUAGGGAGAUGAAAGAAUGGAAGGUAGGGAGAAAGAAGGGAAGGAAGGAUGCAAUGUAGGAAGAAAGAAGGAUGAAAGGUAGGGAGAAAGAGGGGAAGGAAACAUGGAUGGUAGGAAAAAGAAAGGAAGGAAGUAGGGAAGGGUGGGAGAAAGAAGGGAAGGGAGAAUGGAAAAUAGGGAGAAGAAAGGAAGAAAGGAUAUGAGAUAGGGAGAAAGAAGGAAAGGAAAAAAGUAAGGUAUUAAGGAAGGAAGGAUGGAAGGUUACCUUAUUUUCCCCCUCUGGUCUCUCAGGGCUUCCGUACAUUUCUUUGAGAUUAGCUUGUGUGUCAGUUACAGCAGUAGCAACAUCUGCAUGACAUUAGCCAUCUGUGUCUCCUAGCAUGAGCCUCCUGGUUACACACACAGAUAGGAUGAAGAGAAGUCUGCAUCAACAGUAUAUCUGUGUUUUUUCUAGACUGUAUAUUUACAACAAAGUGUUGACUCAGCUGGUUUGAGAUCACUGCAGCUGUAACCUUCACAUAGACUCUGUGUAUCAGCCAAUCACAGUGAUGCUUCGGUUUUUUAACCCGUGAACUGUGACACUGUGGGAUAAGAGUCCAUGGCUCAGUUGGGAAAAUUGUGUGUUUCCCUCUCAGCACAGCCUCUCUGUGUGUAUCUGAACCCCAUGUUCUGUACCUGCACUGACUCCCUGUCUGUCUGUCUAUCUGUCUGUCUGUCUGUCCGUCAUCUUGCCCCCCUCCGACUCUCCCUUCACCACCUCCACCAUCAUCGUCGUGCUUUCCGCAUCCUCACCACCUUCCAUUAGAUUGUCAAAGAAUCCUACGAGGUAAGACACCUACGUUAUCACCUCUCUACUGUCGUUUCCGAGGUGGUUCCUUCAGCCGUCUCUGGAAACAGAGAAAAAAAAGGAUAGAUGAAAUCUCCUUCCUCUGCCCUUUCUUCUGCUAACUGGUUUUGUGUUUAAAGACUGUUGAUGCGAUGUAGCGAGACAUAUUUAAGACGUGAUGGAGCAAAUACUCCCAGAGAUUAUAGGUUAUAGAUUUCAUAUUUGAAGCUGCAUGUGAAGAUGUGUGGAUUUAAACGUCAUAGAAAAGUGCUCAUCUUUAUCUUUCAUUUGCCUCUGCAUCGUCCUCACACACUAACCUCAGUCCUGUUUGUGGUUUUUCAGGAGGUGCAGGCGUGCACGGUGGACAUGGGCAUCACCACAGACAGCUCCAAUCACCCCGACAACAAAAGCAAGAACAGAUACAUCAACAUACUGGCCUGUAAGUCACAGUCUUUGUGUUUUCUGUCACACAAAGUGCAGAUGACUCUGAUGAUGAACCUCUCCUUCUUUCUCAGAUGACCACAGUCGAGUCAAGCUCUGCAGCAGUUUGGACAGAGAUGGGAAAUGUGGGGACUACAUCAACGCCAACUUUGUGGAUGUAAGUUUGUGUUUGUCAGCCGCGCACGUGAAGACGAAGACUACGCAGAGCUGUCGGGGUUAAUUUGGAGUUUCUUCCCGCAGGGUUACGAGCGAACGAGGGCGUACAUCGCAGCUCAGGGGCCCCUCAGAGCAGGAAGGGAGGACUUCUGGAGGAUGAUCUGGCAGCAGAACGUGGGAGUCAUCGUCAUGAUCACAAACCUGAAGGAGAAAGGAAGGGUGAGGAGCUGACCUGAAACACAAACACAUCAACUUAAUCAAAGAUCCGUUCAGUAAACAUUGUGAUUACGGUUAAUUUAAGACUUAUUAAUGCAGGUAAGGCAUGAGAAAAUCUGUUUGAAACUCACCUCAUCUCAUCCAUCUGCAGACUAAAUGUGAUCAGUACUGGCCAGACGAGAACCAGGAGGACUACGGUCAGUACCAGGUGACCCUGAAAAGCAGCAAGACACUCGCCUACUACACACUGCGGACGUUCACCGUCAGAGACACCUCAAAGGUACCAAACACACACUUAUACACACGAUCAGCUCUCAAACGCACACAUACUAACAAAAUGUGGCGUGAAAGAACACGCCCUCUAGAGUUCACAUGUCUGAUAACACCUGAUCUGGAACUCCAGGCGUCCCAGAAGAAGGCCGAACACACCGUCCUCCAUUACCACUACACCCAGUGGCCCGACAUGGGGGUCCCAGAGUACACUCUGCCUGUCCUGUCCUUCAUCAGAGCAUCCUCCAGAGCCAGGACACAGGAAGUUGGACCUGUCCUGGUCCACUGCAGGUAAACUGUGUGUGUAUUUGUGUGUCUUCAUGUCGAUGUGUUACUCUCCACAAACUAUUAAAACUGAUUUUGACUUUGAUUUGCGUCACAGCGCUGGUGUGGGAAGGACAGGAACCUACAUCGUAAUAGACAGCAUGCUGCAGCAGAUCCAGGAUCAGGGGACUGUGAACGUUCUGGGUUUCCUCAAACAUGUGAGAACUCAGAGGAACUUCCUGGUCCAGACGGAGGUAAGAGAACAGACACACAGACUCACAUGCAGACUGUCAGUACGUCUCUCAGGGUUGAUCCAGUCAGUGUGUCGCCCUCCUCCUGCAGGAGCAGUACGUGUUCAUCCAUGACGCUCUGGUGGAGGCCAUCCUGAGCCGUGACACCUUAGUGACCUCUGACCUUCUUCACACUUAUGUGUCAGACCUCCUGACCCCCGGGGCGUCGGGUAGGACCCGCAUGGACAGACAGUUUAAGGUAUAUUAUUUAAUUCCCCUUUUCUUCCUCUAAGUCUGAUCCUGAUCAUCCUGGUCUUAGUUUACAAAUGAGUCAUCGGUGAAGUGGCCAAACUCAAACAACAACAUAAAAACCCUCUCACUGUUUACUGAUGUUUGGGACUGUAGGAUUUCUAAAACUCUGAGUCAAUAAAGUGCAGAGCAGAGGACAGAGACAGUGUUGUUUUCGUCAGGCAGGACGAAAACUUAAAUGACGACGUCAGACCCCUUUUUUCCUUGACGAACAUGAGACUAAGACGAACGUCACCAAAGCUCUGUAAAGACUAAAAUGUGACGAAAAUUAUAUUCAUUUUCGUCAGACGAGAACGAGACGAGACUAAAUUGUUAUUAGGUGGACGAACAAAGUUUCAAAAAAUGCUUUUUUUUGUCCUAACAGUCACGCCCCCAUCACACACGCACCAAAAGCCUCGCUCGCGCACAGCUGCGCGCACACACUCAUACACAUACACAGAGCGGCAGGUGGACGAGGCGCGCACACACACACACACCGUGGCGGCAGGCACAGCAGCGGUGCCCGGUGGCCGAAAAAAGAGGGAUGAUUUUUGGUCCUACUUCAGAUACAGUUCAAGUGACAAUAAAAUAAAAGUGACAAUAAAACACGGGACGGGGAGACGAGACAGACGACAGUUGUGGAGCCACAGCUUCCUCAUGCUUCAAACUGUCGGGAAAGAACACCACGAACCUCAAAAGGCACCUUUUCGAGAGACUAAAACUAGACUAAAACCUUUUGAGUUUUCGUCGGACUAAAACUAGACGAAAACUAUCAAGGAUAGAAAUGACUAAAAUGGGACUAAAACGAAGACGCAUUUCGUCAAAAUGACGAAGACUAAAACUAAAUCUAAAAUGCCUGCCAAAAACAACACUGGACAGAGACGAGCGGAGAAAUGGACUUCAAGCCUCUGAGAGAGCGUGUCUUUGAGGCAGGCUCGUUCUUGAGUUCAGGUCGUGUCUCGAAAUGAGGUGUUCAGAGAAUCCAGAAAACGCAUUCCUGGAUCACACCAUCAUGUUAGGAAACGUCAAACAUUACAGCAUUAAAAGUACAAAUCAAAAUACAGAUCAGUAGGAUAGGUCUCCUAUGAGUUGAUCGACUUUAUCCUCCAGUUUAUAGUUAAAUCAAAUAAAUCUAACCAACCCUUCUCGCUGUGUUUCAGUUGAUCAGUCAGCGUCAGGCGAAGCACGCGGACUACAGCACGGCUCUGAGAGACGGGAACGCAGAGAGGAACAGAGCCAGAGCGCUGAUGCCCGGUGAGCUGAGCUGCUGUCAUACACAUUUAUUUAUCUUCUGCAUCCUCAUUGGUUUAUUUCUUGAAUAUAUUUAAUGAAAUGAUAACAAUAUAAUUUAAUUGUUUGACAGUUUUGAAUUUCUCUGACUUGUUUUUUCUUCUCUCCAGUUGAGAGGUCUCGAGUGUGUCUGACCGCUUCAGAGUCAAACGCCACAGGCUUCAUCAACGCCUCCUAUGUCAUGGUAGGAUGUGCGGACUGUGUUUGUCUGUCUCUGUUGUAUUAAAGGGAUAUUCGAGCGUAAAAUUAAUAUAGGCUCAAACACACUGUAACACCGAGUUAGACAUCCCCUUGAGAGAUGAAUGUUGACGACCGCUUGCUUCUCUAGUUAUACCAACUUUAGUAACGACCGCAGGAUAGCGAUACAGAGAGCCACGCGCUCAACCAAAACGCUACUCUAUAGCCACAAAUAAUGCUCAGAACAGCACCUAACUUCCUCUAACUGUGUUUGACCCUAACUUAAUUUUACGCCGGAAUAUCCCUUUAAAGACAUUCGAUAAACGGACAAACCUGCUGCUUUCUCUCUCAGGGCCAUCACCACUGUAAGGAGUUCAUCGUGAGCCAGACUCCUCUGAGCAGCACUGUAGCAGAUUUCUGGAGGAUGAUCUGGGAACACAACACACACACCGCGGUCUGCCUGCCAGACACACACUAUCAGGUAAAACACACUAACGGUCGUUAUUUGUAUUAUGAUGAAAAUUACCGGACACACCCUCAUGUUUCUUUUUUGAUUUUUAGGGUUCAGAGGCGGACUGUUGUGUUUUCUGGCCCAGAAAAGACCAGCCAAUGAGCUUUGAGGGUUUUACCGUGGCGUACUCAGGGGAGGAGCAUAUGUGUCUGUCCAAUGACGAGAGAGUUUUAGUGCAGGACUUCAGAGUCGAGUCCACACAGGUGACACACACACACACACACGGUUUUACACUUCUCUACAUUCGUCUCUGUACUUGAUUAAUAUUUCUUCUCUGCCUCCGCUCAGAACGAGUACGUGCUGGAGGUGCGUCAGUACAGCACCCCCUGCUGGCCCAACCCUGACAGUCCGAUCAGAAACAGUUUCGAUCUGGUCAACCUGGUCAAAGAGCACAGCAGACACUCAGACAGACCCACAAUCGUCCACGAUCCGUAAGUUCAGUCCAGGAGGGAGUGUUUCUCUCAUGAACUUCUGCUCCUUCAUAGUGACGGUUCAUCUGUGUGUGUGCAGGUUGGGAGGAGCUACGUCAGGGCUGUUCUGCGCCCUCACCACCCUGUCCAGUCAGCUGGAGGAGGAGGGAGCGGUGGACGUGUACCAAGUGGCACGGAUGACCAACCUGAUGAGGCCUGGGGUUUUUAACGAUGUAGUACGUCAUCGAAAAUGCACCUGAUACUCCAAGAUAUCGCUUAUGUUUGUUUCUGAAAUCAAACAGGGUUCUUUUUGACCCCCACAGGAGCAGUACCAGUACCUGUACCGAGCCGUGCUGAGUCUGGUGAGCAGCCAGGAGGACCAGAGAGCCCUGCAGAAUCCAGAAACCAACGGAUCUGUACCGCUGGGACAGACGAACAUCGCCGAGAGCCUGGAGUCACUCAUGUAGACACACAAACACACACACCGGAGAGGCUUCAUGCCAGCACACACACACAAACACAACCUCACCCACACACACUGAUAGGGAACUUCUGCUGAUGACAUGUUCCCAGGCUGUAAAAAGUUAUUUUUUAAAUUUUGCAUUAGGGCUGCAGGACCAAAGUCCACUCCGCAAAAAUGAUCAUUUCAGUUUUUUAAAGACAGAGGAGCUCCACAGGUCUGAAUAUCCACACUGAUCAUCAGACAAACAGUUCAAAGACACUUUUUAUCAUUCAUUACAUCACCAUCACCAUUACACAGUCCUGGCUUUUUAAAUUCCAACUGUUGAAUUUUAGAUAAACAGAAAGAAUCAGCAUCUACAGCUGCUUUCAAACAUGCACAAAGUUCCUGAAAAUGGUCAGAAAUUACCCCUUAGGUGAGCUGAAUAUGUACUACCAGCCUGCUUGUAUAAUAUCAGGGUAAAGUCCAGGUGUUUAUUUGAAAUUUUAGAAGAGGUCAGAGUGUGAAAACCCUCCAUCAAAAAAGACUUAAUUCAUCUGAGACACACGAUUUCGAACCCUGAAGAGCGGCACAUAAACCGGAUUAAAACUCUGACACAGGCCUGUAUACUCACUUCUCCUCUCUGUCAGGUUUGAGCCCCUGACAUUUUUAGAAAUUUUCCACAGUGCAUGUCUGAAAACAGCUUUAGCCCGUCCGGGGUCAGGGGGGGGAUGGGUGGGGUCAACUCCAGCUGUCAGUUAGCUGUCAGAAGAGGUGGGACACACCCUGGACAGGUCGGCAGUCUUUCACAACAACUUCACCCAGACACAGAACCUAAUGGUCUGUAAGGAGAUGGUCAUUCCUGUGGACAACUUUACAGCAGUGUGUGUGAGUCUAAAGUGUGUGUGUGUGUGUGUGUGUGUGUGUGUGUGUGUGUGCUGAACAUGGGGCCUGAAGCAGAAGAGCCACAACACUGUCUGACAGACCGCAAAAAAAGAAGAAAACUCAAGAGGGCUUUCAUCUGAACUAGAAUAACUAUAACACAGACUGAGAUGAUGAAUCUGUCCUCUACUCUUAAAGUUAAAGCUCCUGUAAGGAGUUUUUAGAUGUUUAUAAAACAGACUUAAACUCUUAGUGACGCUUUCUUAUGACAUCUCAAAGCAAACAAAACCAUCAGGGACAAGACUGACGAUUUUUUACUGAUGAUUUUUAAUGUCUAAAACUGGAGCGAGAGGGUAGGUGUCAGUGAAGCAGCUGAUCUUUUCAAUAAAUGAUUUGUUUGUAAAAAUCAGCAGGAUUAGAUUAUCAAAAGUCGCUACUUAAAGCUCCUCUAAGGAACUUCUGUUUUGUGUCAAUUAUGGCGCCAAAUCAGUCUUUGCUUAUUGUAUCCUCUAUCCUGUCAUCCUGCUGAUUUUGACAGCCCACUAAGUCAUUUAUUGUGAUUAUUAAAUAAGGAAAAUGUUAAAACAGCUGACACCUACCCCCUCGCCUCUGUGUCCGACAUUUAAAAUUAAAAUACAAACAUCGUUAAUCUUGUUUCUGAUGGUCUAAUUUGCUUCUGUUCAUCGUAAAACAGCAUCAGUGUGACUUUCAGUCUGUUUUAUAAAAGUCAAAAAUCUCCUCACAGGAGCUUUAAACUUGUCCUUUCAUUUAUUGCCUUUAUCUUUUAUUUGAUCAUGUUAUUUUUGUACUUUUUAGACCUCAUUUUUGAUUUAUUCAAACAAAAUAUUUGAAAAAAGUGCAAUUUGCAAACAGGCAAAAAUGAAGCAGAUGGUUUGUACCUGAGUACAAAUCAAUCGCGAUGGCCUUAUUGUGGAUAAAAAGGACAUGAUGUAGAAAACGACUCACUUUGAAUCCUUUAUUUUCCAUACAAAUAAAAGCAGAAUUUCACACUCAGACUAGCAUAUGGAGUUACAGUAUGUUUGAAAUAACCAAAAUCUCUGACACUAAAACGCUCUGAACUGCUUUGAAACAUCUCGUCACGAUUUGUCGCCAUCGGCUCCGUGGUCUCUGGUUUCCCCUGUGCCUUUUGUAACUCAUGUUCUUGUACUUAAACUUGUUUUGAUACUACUGUACAACUGUGUAACUAAUAUGCCAAAAUGCUGAUCUAUGACUGGUUUUUAUAUUUUCUUAAAGUCUUUGUUGCGCUUGUUAUCUUUGUAUGUAAAAGUCAAAGAGAAGAAGGGAAAAAGUCGCUGUAAAGCUGUAAAAAGUUAAAAAAAUUUAAACCAGAUUUCACUUUUCUGCCUACUUUGACGACUAAAUCAGUAAGUUUAAUCGUCUCUAACCCUUCAGAAGGUCUAAAUGUUGUUCCAGACUGAGUUUUUUCAUCCGCUGAGAUUUUGACUCCUCAUGCUGAUUUUGUGUCCCCGCUCGUCCUUUGCGUUCUGUCACUCUGAGGGUCCAAAUGUUGCUGUCGUGUCAAACACAAACGAUCAACCUCUGAAUCACCGUCGAACGAUCUCGCCGCCUCUUCCUGCGCCGGUUUUGCGUCCACUCUGUAGCAUUUUCUCGCUCCUCUGAGGGGAUGCAAAAUGGCGCGGAUCACGGAGGCUGCUUCUCCGUACCCAGACUGUGAUUCCUCCAGAUCUCACUGUAACAUGUAUGAACUCUAAUUGUGUAAAUAUCCCUGAAUACACUAUAAGGCCAAAUUACUGUAUGUUUAUACUGUACUUCUAUAUAUUUUCUAUUUUACUAUGAAGUGAUUUUCUAGACAUUUACACACAUAUAACUGUGCGGAUUCUAUUUGAUAAUUCUAGCCUGAAAAUAUAGAUCCUGUUUAUAGUUUAAAUGGAAUGUCAUCUCUUUAUGAUUACAGUAGCAGCUUAAUGUCUCUACCUUCUUCUCCGGCCACUCGCUGGUGGAGUUUGUAAAUAGAUCACAGCUCUGUACAUGAUUCAAACUUUGUUCUUUUUCUGGGAGGAAUAAAAAAAUAAAAAGUUGGACCUUUA